AUGCGGCGUUUCGUCUACUGUAAGGUGGUGCUGACCACCUCGCUUGUCUGGGUGCUGGUGGAUGUCUUCCUGCUUCUCUACUUCAGCGAAUGUAACAAAUGUGAUGAGAGGAAGGACCACUCACUGCUGCCUGCUCUCAGAGGUGAGCCCUACAUUGAAUCAACUUUAUUAAUCCCAUGAGGGGAAAUUCGGUUUGUCACCAGCAAGACACAAACAACAACAAAUGCAUACUUGAGACGCAUAGACAAAGCAUUGAUGGUUGGUGAAUCAAGCACAACUCAUGACUUCAAUAGAAGCCAAUGGAUUUAAUACUAUAGACUUAAAACCUAAUCAAACAUACAUUAUAGUGUUUUCUCUGUAGAUAUGGGUUGGUGGGUUGGUGGCCCUGUGAAGCAGUCACCAUGACUCAGUCUAGAUAGACAUUUUAUUUGACACAGAUUUGCCAACUCUACACAGUAGUCCAAUACAAACAAGUAAUUGUCCAAUGUAAACACAGUAGUCCAAUACAAAUGACACUAUUCUCAUGCUAUUACUUUUGGGAAUCAGUUUGGAGAACAAACACCAGAGUAAACUUCAAAGAAAAGCAAUGGAGUUACUAAUAAACUUGUUGAAUCUCAGACUAAGUGCACAAUUAAGAGAAAAACACUUGUCCUUGAGAAUGAGAAAAUGGUUGAUUCUCAAUGGCACCCUAUUCCCUAUAUAGUACACUACUUUUGACCAGGGUUCAUAGGGCUCUGGUCAAAAGUAGUGCACUUUAUAGGGAAUAGGGUGCCAUUUGGGACACAUCUGCCUUGAUCCAACUGUCCCGAGUGGCGCAGUGGUCUAAGGCACUGCAUCGCAGUGCUAGCUGUGCCACUAGAGAUCCUGGUUCGAGUCCAGGCUCUGUCGCGACCGGGAGACCCAUGGGCGGCGCACAAUUGGUCCAGCGUCGUUCAAGGUAGGGGAGGGUUUGGCCGGCAGGGAUGUGGGUUUGUUUCCCACGGGGGGCCAGUAUAAUAAAUAAAUAAAUAAAAUAUAUUUAAAAAAAUAUAAUAAGAAACAUUUUUUUUAUGCAUUCGACUAACUGUAAGUCGCUCUGGAUAAGAGUGUCUGCUAAAUGACUAAAAAUGUAAAAAAAAUGUUAAAGCAGCUGUUAAGUAGGAAAAGAGAGCCUUUGGCUAUACAUCCGUAUCCCUGGUUAAUCAUGCGUAUCCACUGGAGUCUCCUUUCCUUCUUUGGCCCAGUAUUCCCUUACAUGUCCUUUCCAGUAAGCAGGUUUACAAGUGACCCGCUAAGCUGCUUUCAAGGUUAGAAUUGGGGAGAAACCACCGCCAGAAAGAGGCUAAAAAGCUAUGUGGCCUUCUCGAUUCCAGACUCAUUUCCAUCACAACAGUGCUGAAGUUACAUACGAGUUACUUAUGCUCUUAGUUUAAUUGAAAUGGUGUUAUUCGGUUUGGCACAUGCACUCAGCAUUGAGGUCAUUUUCAGACUAAAUAUGUCAGUGUAAGCUUUUGGGAGAAUUAAUGGCUUAGGCUUUUGGCAGUCUGUCACCCAUUCUCUCUGUUGCUUUAAGAGGCUCCAAUGAACAUUGUCAAAGAUAUUUGCUUGGCCUAAUGGUCUUUGAUCCUUGUAUUACAUAUGUUAAUAUUAUUUAGUUUAGGCCUUUUUUGACAUUCUUAAAGGGAUAGUUCACCAAUAUGUCAUUAUGUAAUUUAGGUGAAUCCCUUUAAUAAAGUACAAGUACACUGAGUAUACCAAACAUUAGGAACCCACAGAACAGCCUCAAUUCGUCGGGGCAUGGACUCUACAAGGUGUCGAAAGCGUUCCACAGGGAUUCUGGCCCAUGUUGACUCCAAUGCUUCCCACUGUUGUGUCAAGUUGGCUGGAUGUCCUUUGGGUGAUAGACCAUUCUUGAUGCACACAGGAAACUGUUGACUUUUGCAGUUCUUGACACAAACCGGUGUGCCUGGCACCUACUACCAUACCCUGUUCAAAGGCACUUCAAUCUUUUGUCUUGCCCAUUCACCCUCUGAAUGGCACACAUACACAAUCCAUGUCUCAUUUGUCUCAAAGCUUAACAAUCCUUCUUUAACCUGAAUCCUCCUCCCCUUCAUCUUACACUGAUUGAAGAGGAUUGAAGUGGAUUUAACAAGUGACAUCAAUAAGGGAUCACAGCUUUCACUUUGUCAGUCUGUCAUGGAAAGAGCAUUCUUAAUGUUUGUUUACUCAGUGUAUGACUACAAUACAUUGAAAUACUGCAGUUUCUUUGUAGUGUUGUAUAAUUUAUAUUCUACUGUGAAGCAAAACAUGGCUUUUACACGUGUUGGUUUUAGAUUGGAUGAUUACUUAUAAUAUCCAUUUGUUUGAAUUAUGCAACCAAAUGUAUUACAUCAAUAUACAAGCCUUACAACAAUAUUAUACAACCAUAUAAUCACCAUGCUACGACUAAGGAAUUGCAACCUAUGAAGUUAUACAGUAAGCCAUAUGGAUUGGAUCAAUCUCAUUGCAUUAUAUCUCAUUUGGACAAGUGGACGCCGAUUCCAGUGUACAUAAUCUAGUCAAUAAUGGACUUUUAAAGAAUGUUUGCGUUUGAUUCCAGAUGAGGGCAGGUACACCUCAGCGGUGGCUCGGUCUGUAUUGGGUACUGCAUUAAACAUAUGGUCUGACCAUAAAGUUAUGUUUCAAGUUUUAUUAGUCGUGCCGUAUGUACAGGAUAUACAUGGUAUACACCGUCCAAUGAAAUGCUUACUUGCAGGUUCCUUCUCGACGAUGCAACAAGAAAUAAAAGAUUUGAAUACGAACAUAAAGUAAUGGGUGCCAUUUGACGUUAAACCCAACAAAAAGUUUCCAUUACAAAUGGGAUUCGAUGAAAGCUGUGCAAGAGGGUAAGCGUUUGGUAAUGGGUAAGCCAUUGUAGCAGAUGUCAGAAGUAUACAGUAGUUACCGAAAUCUCCUACUCACUAAACAAAUAGCUUAUUGAUUUUAUUAAUAAUUUAUGUAUAUGUAGUCAGCAUGUCAACAUUGCUGGUUCCCAGAACAUUCUGUGCCAUUUCUGGGUGUACAGUAGAACUGAGUAGCUCCUCCUAUAAAGAAGAUCCUCUAUUUUAGACAGCUUCAAAAACAGAAAUACAUAAAACAUUUCCGACCACAUUGUGUUUCAAACCUUCUAUAAUCUUGGAAUUGAAGAUAUACAAAAAAAAUGCUAUUUUUCCUAUCAGUAUGUUUUUGUGUAAGCACUAAGCCAGCAGUGUCAACCUCACUUCCUGGAGGUCAGUGGGCCUACUGGUAAUUGUUAUUUCCUUUUAAGUCGUGCCCAAUUAAGACCUAGACAACCAAGUGAGGGGAGUUCCUAACUAAUUAAUGACCUUAAUUCAUCAAUCAAGUACAAGAGAAGAGCGCAAACCCACAGACACUCGGCCCUCCAGGAAUUGAGUUUGACACCCUUGCACUAAGCCAAUUGAGAGUGAGUUCACCGAGUGCUAGCCCUGAAACAAACAGUAGCAUUGCGUUGUUGUACUGUUAUGAAGCUGAUUUGGGUUUGGGCUCUUGUGAUGUCCUGGCAGCUAGGUCAAACAGGGAAGCAGGAGGCAAGGGAGAGAGAGAGGACAGGAGCUGCCCCCAAAACAGAGUCUUUGUCCCGAAUGGAAGCCUAUUCCCUUUAUAGUGCACUACUUUUAACCAGAGCCCUACGUCCAGUCUCUUAACUCAGCAACCUUGUACAGGCCACAAAGUCCCCUUCCACUCUCCUCUGCAAAGUAAAAAAAGCAUAGAAAUGGCUUGAGGAUGUUGGAAACCAAGCUAAGAUAAUCAAGAUAAGAGAAUCAUAGCCGCCCUGCAAUCAAUGUAAAUCCAAUGGAUUGAGCUUGCCCUUAAAGCAGGCUUCCCAGCCUUCUGGGAGAAUCAAUCAGUCCAAUUUGAGUUUUUUGAAAAUCACAUUGGGAACUGCUGAUGGAACCAAAAGACACAGUUUUCUUUUUGAAUGGGAAAACAAAUCUAAAUGACUACAUUUCCAUUUAGUCAUUUACAGAUGCUCCUAUACAAAGUUACUUUUGCAUUCAUAUAAGGGGGGGGGGGGGGGGGGGGGGGGGGGGGGGGGGGGGGGGGGGUCUGCUGUACUAGCUUCAGGGGGAAGCUGGUUCCACCAUUGGGGUGCCAUGCCAGGACAGAGAAGAGCUUGGACUGAGUGGGAGUUUCCUUCCCGUAGGGGUGGGAGGACCAAGAGACCAGAGGUGGCAGAAUGGAGUGCUUGGGUUGGGGUGUAGGGUUUGAGCAUAGCCUGAAGGUAGGGAGGGGCAGUUCCUCUUGCUGCACUGUAGGCAAGUACCAUGAUCUUGUAGUGGAUACAAGCAUCAACUGGAAGCCAGUGGAGUGUGCGGAAGAGCGGGGUGACAUGGGAGAACUUGGGAAGGUUGAAGACCAGGUGGGAUGCAGUGUUCUGAAUAAGUUGCUGGGAUUUGAUGGUACAAGCAGGGAGCCCAGCCAACAGCGAGUUGCAGUAAUCCAGAUGGGAGAUGACCAGUGCCUGGAUUAGGACCUGCGCUGCUUCCUGUUUGAGGUAGGGUCAUACUCUACAGAUGUUGUAGAGCCUGAACCUGCAGGAGCAAGCCACUGCUUUGAUGUUUGCAGAGAAGGACCGGGUGUUGUCCUGGGUCACGCCAAGGUUCUUUGCACUCUGGGAGGGCGACAUUGUGGAGUUGUCAACGUGAUAGAGGUCUUUGAGCGGGCAGGCCUUACCCGGGAGAAAGAGAAGCUCAGUCUGGUUGAGGUUGAGCUUGAGGUGGUGGGCCGACAUCCAAGCUGAGAUAUCUGCCAGGCACGCAGAGAUGCGUGUCACCACUUUGGUGUCAGAAGGAAGGAAGGAGAAAAGUAGUUGAGUGUCAUCCGCAUAGCAAUGAUAGGAGAGACCAUGUGAGGAUAUGAUGUAGCCGAGUGACUUGGUGUAUAGAGAGGGCCUAGAACUUAUCAAUGUGUCAAGCUCAUUGAGGAACUCUCCCAGGGCACCUGGUGGGCGAUAGUUGACAUCAAUGUUAAGCUUGAGUGGACAAGUGACAGUGACAGCAUGGAAUUCAAAUGAGGAGAUGGACAGGAGAGAGGGAGUAAAGAGAAAAUCUCCUGUUAUGAGAAAUUAGUAGCCCUGUGCCACCACCGCGACGACCAGAUGCUCUUAGACUAUGAGAGAAAACGUAGUCAGAUGGAGAGCAGAUGGAGUAGCAGUGUUCUCUGAGGUUAUCCAUGUCUCCGCCAUGGCCAAAAAAAAUCCAGGGACUGAAUGGCAGCAUAGGCUGAGAUGAACUCGGCAGUUCCAAAUGCUGCCAGAGACCCGGAAUUCCACAGAGGUUGUGCGCGCAGGCUACACUAAAUUAGAAGGUUUGUAGCCAAGGUGUGGGGAGUGUCUGUAAAGCCUUCUGUGAGAGGAGUGUACAGAUAUAGAAAACACAUACUGUAGUUACCAAAACUACAAAAAAGCAAAAUGAGAUCAUCAGAAAAUAACUAGGUAAGAUACUCAAGCGUGGAGCCUUCCUGUCUUUCCUUCCUCCAACAACUUGACAGAGCGGUCUUUGUUUCGGUGACGAGACCACCACUGACACAGCAACCACUUAGAAACCAGGGGAGACUGAAGUACAAACACUAAUUGCUAAUUGCCUAGCAGAGGUGAAGAGCACACCUCCCUGUACCAAUUGCUGUUUGCCUAGGAGAGGAGAAACCACUCCCCCUCCAUUACAGCCACUGAUUACCAAAACAAGUCACAAAUUGCCCAACCUCAACCCUGGUUGAUGUGUCAACAAUCUUCUGCAAUUUAUGAGCAGUCAGCAGUUCACACACCAAGUAGGCUACUGGGAAGACAGGCAGCACUUAAAGUAGAUGGCCCUAGCUAGCAAAAAGACAGUACUAGACAACAACAGAUAAAGACAAAUAUAUCAGGAGUCCUCUAGCUAUAAAAUGAAGCACUUACAUAGCCACUGUUGCAAUAAGCUCUGUCACUUGUGGAUUGCAAUACUGUAUUCAUACUUAUUUGUCCAUUUAAAAUACAUAUUUAAUAACUCAUCAAAAGUUUAGGUAGGCUAAUCGAUUAAUCUCCAUUAUUUUUGUCCCCCCCCCCCCAAAAAAAAACUGUAAAGAUAUGUUUUACAGGAAACAGGUUAAAAGAAUAGAGCACUCUUGUUUUUGCUCAACACUAUUGAACAUCUCUACAGACCCAUUGUAUAUGAGUGUGAAGACCAUAUAGCAGUAAUUGCUGACAAAGUCACUGGACAAGGACUAGGGCAGAAGACCUAUGGGCAUUAGGAUGGAUUUGUUGGGCUGAAGAGCCAGAGAAAGGGCAAAUACCACAGUCUCGUUAUUUAUUAUUUAUAAGCCUGAGGAUACUAUUGAGCAGUUCAAUUGAACUUGUGAGGAUACUGUACAUGUUUUCAUAUAGAAAUCACAACAUUGGUGGGUGAAUGGUCACCUGGAUCAGUUGGAGGCAUUAUCUCUCUCUCUCUCUCUCUCUCUCUCUCUCUCUCUCUGAACAACACUGUCGUGAAAAGGGCACGACAAUGCCUCUUCCCCCUCGGGAGGUUAAAAAGAUUUGGCAUGGGCCCUCAGAUCCUCAAAAAGUUAUACUGCUGCACCAUAGAGAGCAUCUUGACUGGCUGCAUCACCACUUGGUAUGGCAACUGCUUGGCAUCCGACCACAAGGCGCCACAGAGGGUGGUGCGGACGGCCCAGUACAUCACUGGGGCUGAGCUCCCUGCCAUCCAGGACCUCUAUACCAGGCGGUGUCAGAGGAAGGCCCAAAAAAGGCUCAAAGACUCCAGCCACCCAAGCCACAGACUGGUCUCUCUGCCACCACACGGCAAGUGGUGCCAAUGCACCAAGUCUGGAACCAAUAGGACCCUGAACAGCUUCUACCCCCAAGCCAUAAGACUUCUAAACAAGACUGCUAAAUAGCUAAUCAAAUGGCUACCUGCAACUCUGUUGCACUGGACUUUACCCACAGUCUCACAUAUACUUACACUGACACCCCAACACACUCACACACACACACACACACACACACACACACACACACACACACACACACACACACACACACACACACACACACACACACACACACACACACACACACACACACCACAUAUGCUGCUGCUUCUGUCUAUUAUCUAUUCUGUUGUCACUUUAUCCCUACCUAUAUGUACAGUACAAUUACCUCGUACCCCUGCACAUCAACUCGGUACUGGUACUCCCUGUUAUUUUCUACUCCCUAUAUAUAACCAUGUUAUUUUCUACUCUCUAUAUAUAGCCAUGUUAUUUUCUACUCCCUAUAUAUAACCAUGUUAUUUUCUACUCUCUAUAUAUGUCACGAUCGUCUGAAGGAUUGGACCAAUGCGCAGCGUUGCGAGUGAACAUGAUGACUUUAUUAAUCAAAGCAACCACGAAAAACAACAAAAGACGAUACGUGAAGUUCUAUACUGAAAUACGACAAACAGCAACAAAGAAACAAUAACCCACAACACAAAGGAGAAAACAUACAGAAUAUAUAUGGCUCCCAAUCAGAGAUAACGAGCCGACAGCUGACACUCGUUACCUCCGAUUGGGAGUCAUCGACCAAUCACCACAUGACACAAACAAAAUGAAACUCACCCAUCCCCAACACCACCAAAUGAAAUACACCCAAACACAUGAAAAUGAACAACCCUGGCUCAAUAUAAACGUCCAUAGAGCCAGAGUGUCACAGUACCCCCCCCCUAAAGGUGCGAACUCCGGGCGCACCAACAUCAGGACUAGGGGAGGGUCUGGGUGGGCGUCUGUCCAUGGUGGCGGCUCUGGCCCCGGUCGUGAUCCCCACCCCACCACAGUCACAACCUGCUUCGGUAGCCUCCUCCUAAUGACCACCCUCCACCUAACCCCACCUGGACUAAGGGGCAACCCCGGACUAAGGGGCAGCAUCGGCCUAAGGGGCAGCACCGGGAUAAGGGGCAGCACCGGGAUAAGGGGCAGCACCGGGAUAAGGGGCAGCACCGGACUAAGGGGCAGCACCGGACUACGGGGCAGUACCGGACUAAAGGGCAGUACAGGACUAAGGGGCAGCACCGGGCUAAGGGGCAGUACCGGACUCAGGGGCAGCACCGGACUAAGGGGCAGCACCGGGCUAAAGGGCAGCACCGGGCUAAGGGGCAGUACCUGACUAGAUGGCGGAUCCUGGCUGGCUGGCUCUGGCGGAUCCUGGCGGGACGGCUCUGGCGGAUCCUGGCGAGACGGCUCUGGCGGAUCCUGGCGGGACGGCUCUGGCGGAUCCAGGCUGGACGGCUCUGGCGGAUCCUGGCGGGACGGCUCUGGCGGAUCCUGGCUGGACGGCUCUGGCGGAUCCUGGCUGGACGGCUCUGGCGGAUCCUGGCUGGACGGCUCUGGCGGAUCCUGGCUGGACGGCUCUGGCGGAUCCUGGCUGGACGGCUCUGGCGGAUCCUGGCUGGACGGCUCUGGCGGAUCCUGGCUGGACGGCUCUGGCGGAUCCUGGCUGGACGGCUCUGGCGGAUCCUGGCUAGACGGUUCUGGCGGAUCCUGGCUGGACGGCUCUGGCGGAUCCUGGCUGGACGGCUCUGGCGGAUCCUGGCUGGACGGCUCUGGCGGAUCCUGGCUGGCUGACGGAUCUGGCGGAUCCUGGCUGGCUGACGGAUCUGGCUGCUCAUGGCUGGCUGACGGAUCUGGCUGCUCAUGGCUGGCUGACGGAUAUGGCUGGCUGACGGGUCUGGCUGCUCAUGGCUGGCUGACGGGUCUGGCUGCUCAUGGCUGGCUGACGGGUCUGGCUGCUCAUGGCUGGCUGACGGAUCUGGCUGCUCAUGGCUGGCUGACGGAUCUGGCUGCUCAUGGCUGGCUGACGGGUCUGGCUGCUCAUGGCUGGCUGACGGAUCUGGCUGCUCAUGGCUGGCUGACGGAUCUGGCUGCUCAUGGCUGGCUGACGGAUCUGGCUGCUCAUGGCUGGCUGACGGAUCUGGCUGCUCAUGGCUGGCUGACGGGUCUGGCUGCUCAUGGCUGGCUGACGGGUCUGGCUGCUCAUGGCUGGCUGACGGGUCUGGCUGCUCAUGGCUGGCUGAAGGCACUAGCGGCUCCGAUCUGGCGGACGGCUCUGAAGGCUCAUGGCAGACGGGCGGCUUUGCAGGCUCAGUACAGACGGGCGGCUUAUGCAGCGCUUGACAGACGGGCAGUUCAGACGCCAUAGGGCCGACAGGCAGUUCAGGCGCCGUUGGGCAGACGGCCAGUUCAGGCGCCGUUGGGCAGACGGCAGACUCUGGCCGACUGGUGACGCACCCCGUAGGAUUCGUGCGUGGAGCAGGAACAGGCCGGGCUGGGCUGGCGACGCGCACCUUAUCCCUGGUGCGAGUGGCCGGAACAGGCCGGGCCGGGCUGGCGACGCACAUCGUGGACCUGGUGCGUGGAGUAGGAACAGACCGGUCCGUACCGGGAACACCCACCACUGGCCUUAACUGGGGAUCAAGAACGGACCGGACCAGACUGGGAACACACUUCAGUCUCUCAUGCCGUGCCACAACAACUUCCCUCACUCUACUCGCCAAUGGCUCCCGUAAUCCGAUAGCCUUCUCUCCAGCUCUACCUGUGGCAGCCUCCUGCUGCCCAGGCGCCCAAGCCAUGUGCCCCCCCAAAAAAAUUUUUUGGGGAGUAACCACGGGCUUCCAGCCUCGACUCCGCGCUUCCUCUUCAUACCACCUCCUCUCGGCUGCAGCUGCCUCCAGCUCUUCACGAGGGCGGUGAUAUUCCUCCUCAUACCACCUCCUCUCGGCUGCAGCUGCCUCCAGCUCUUCACGAGGGCGGUGAUAUUCCUCCGGUUGUGCCCAAGGACCCUUUCCAGCCCGAAUCUCCUCCCAUGUCCAAAAGUCCUUAGGAGGCUUCCAUAAAUCCUGCGUAGGUAGGUCCUGUUGCCGCUUGUUACGCCGCUUGGUCCUCUUGUGGUGGGUUAUUCUGUCACGAUCGUCUGAAGGAUUGGACCAAUGCGCAGCGUUGCGAGUGAACAUGAUGACUUUAUUAAUCAAAGCAACCACGAAAAACAACAAAAGACGAUACGUGAAGUUCUAUACUGAAAUACGACAAACAGCAACAAAGAAACAAUAACCCACAACACAAAGGAGAAAACAUACAGAAUAUAUAUGGCUCCCAAUCAGAGAUAACGAGCCGACAGCUGACACUCGUUACCUCCGAUUGGGAGUCAUCGACCAAUCACCACAUGACACAAACAAAAUGAAACUCACCCAUCCCCAACACCACCAAAUGAAAUACACCCAAACACAUGAAAAUGAACAACCCUGGCUCAAUAUAAACGUCCAUAGAGCCAGAGUGUCACAAUAUAUAACCAUGUUAUUUUCUACUCUAUAUAUAACCAUGUUAUUUACUGCUCCCUAUAUAUAACCAUGUUAUUUUCUACUCUCUAUAUAUAACCAUGUUAUUUUCUACUCUCUAUAUAUAACCAUGUUAUUUUCUACUCUCUAUAUAUAACCAUGUUAUGUUCUACUCUCUUUAUAUACUCUCUAUAUAUAACCAUGUUAUUUUCUACUCCCUAUAUAUAACCAUGUUAUUUUCUACUCUCUAUAUAUAACCAUGUUAUUUUCUACUCUCUAUAUAUAACCAUGUUAUUUUCUACUCUCUAUAUAUAACCAUGUUAUUUUCUACUCUAUAUAUAACCAUGUUAUUUUCUACUCUAUAUAUAUAACCAUGUUAUUUUCUACUCUAUAUAUAACCAUGUUAUUUACUGCUCCCUAUAUAUAACCAUGUUAUUUUCUACUCUCUAUAUAUAACCAUGUUAUUUUCUACUCUCUAUAUAUAACCAUGUUAUUUUCUACUCUCUAUAUAUAACCAUGUUAUGUUCUACUCUCUUUAUAUACUCUCUAUAUAUAACCAUGUUAUUUUCUACUCCCUAUAUAUAACCAUGUUAUUUUCUACUCUCUAUAUAUAACCAUGUUAUUUUCUACUCUCUAUAUAUAACCAUGUUAUUUUCUACUCUCUAUAUAUAACCAUGUUAUUUUCUACUCUAUAUAUAACCAUGUUAUUUUCUACUCUAUAUAUAACCAUGUUAUUUUCUACUCUCUCUAUACAGUGGGGGGGGGGGGGAAGUAUUUAGUCAGCCACCAAUUGUGCAAGUUCUCCCACUUAAAAAGAUGAGAGAAGCCUGUAAUUUUCAUCAUAGGUACACGUCAACUAUGACAGAAAAAUUGAGAUUUGUUUUCUCCAGAAAAUCACAUUGUAGGAUUUUUUAUGAAUUUAUUUGCAAAUUAUGGUGGAAAAUAAGUAUUUGGUCACCUACAAACAAGCAAGAUUUCUGGCUCUCACAGACCUGUAACUUCUUCUUUAAGAGGCUCCUCUGUCCUCCACUCGUUACCUGUAUUAAUGGCACCUGUUUGAACUUGUAAUCAGUAUAAAAGACACCUGUCCACAACCUCAAACAGUCACACUCCAAACUCCACUAUGGCCAAGACCAAAGAGCUGUCAAAGGACACCAGAAACAAAAUUGUAGACCUGCACCAGGCUGGGAAGACUGAAUCUGCAAUAGGUAAGCAGCUUGGUUUGAAGAAAUCAACUGUGGGAGCAAUUAUUAGGAAAUGGAAGACAUACAAGACCACUGAUAAUCUCCUUCGAUCUGGGGCUCCAUGCAAGAUCUCACCCCAUGGGGUCAAAAUGAUCACAAGAACGGUGAGCAAAAAUCUCAGAACCACACGGGGGGACCUAGUGAAUGACCUGCAGAGAGCUGGGACCAAAGUAACAAAGCCUACCAUCAGUAACACACUACGCCGCCAGGGACUCAAAUCCUGCAGUGCCAGACGUGUCCCCCUGCUUAAGCCAGUACAUGUCCAGGCCCGUCUGAAGUUUGCUAGAAUGCAUUUGGAUGAUCCAGAAGAGGAUUGGGAGAAUUUCAUAUGGUCAGAUGAAACCAAAAUAUAACUUUUUGGUAAAAACUCAACUCGUCGUGUUUGGAGGACAAAGAAUGCUGAGUUGCAUCCAAAGAACACCAUACCUACUGUGAAGCAUGGGGGUGGAAACAUCAUGCUUUGGGGCUGUUUUUCUGCAAAGGGACCAGGACGACUGAUCCCUAUAAAGGAAAGAAUGAAUGGGGCCAUGUAUCGUGAGAUUUUGAGUGAAAACCUCCUUCCAUCAGCAAGGGCAUUGAAGAUGAAACGUGGCUGGGUCUUUCAGCAUGACAAUGAUCCCAAACACACCGCCCGGGCAACGAAGGAGUGGCUUCGUAAGAAGCAUUUCAAGGUCCUGGAGUGGCCUAGCCAGUCUCCAGAUCUCAAGUUGAAAGUGUUGAAAGUCCGUGUUGCCCAGCGACAGCCCCAAAACAUCACUGCUCUAGAGGAGAUCUGCAUGGAGGAAUGGGCCAAAAUACUAGCAACAGUGUGUGAAAACCUUGUGAAGACUUACAGAAAACGUUUGACCUGUGUCAUUGCCAACAAAGGGUAUAUGACAAAGUAUUGAGAAACUUUUGUUAUUGACCAAAUAGUUAUUUUCCACCAUAAUUUGCAAAUAAAUUCAUAAAAAAUCCUACAAUGUGAUUUUCUGGAGAAAGAAAUUCUCAUUUUGUCUGUCAUAGUUGACGUGUACCUAUGAUGAAAAUUACAGGCCUCUCUCAUCUUUUUAAGUGGGAGAACUUGCACAAUUGGUGGCUGAAUAAAUAAUUUUUUCCCCACUGUAUAACCAUGUUAUUUUCUAUUCUCUAUAUAUAACCAUGUUAUUUUCUACUCUCUAUAUCUUACCAUGUUAUUUUCUACUCUCUAUAUAUAACCAUGCUAUUUUCUACUCUCUAUACUGUGCCUUGCAAAAGUAUUCAUCCCUCUUGGUGUUUUUCCUAUUUUGUUGCAUUGCAAUAUAGAAAUAUCAGAAACUUUGAACAUCCCACGGAGCACCAUUAAAUCCAUUAUUAAAAAAUUGAAAGAAUAUGGCACCACAACAAACCUGCCAAGAGAGGGCCGCCCACCAAAACUCACGGAUCCAGGCAAGGAGGGCAUUAAUCAGAAAGGCAACAAAGAGACCAAAGAUAACACUGAUGGCGCUGCAAAGCUCCACAGCGCAGAUUGGAGUAUCUGUCCAUAGGGCCACGUUAAGCCAUACACUCCACAGAGCUGGGCUUUACGAAAGAGUGGCCAGAAAAAAACCAUUGCUUAAAGAAAAAAAUAAGGAAACACGUUUGGUGUUUGCCAAAACGCAUGUGGGAGACUCCCCAAACAUAUGGAAGAAGGUAUUCUGGUCAGAUGAGACUCAAAUUGAGCUUUUUGGCCAUCAAGGAAAACGCUAUGUCUGGCGCAAACCCAACACCUCUCAUCACCCAGAGAACACCAUCCCCACAGUGAAGCAUGGUGGUGGAAGCAUCAUGCUGUGGGGAUGUUUUUCAUCGGCAGGGACUGGGAAACUGGUCAGAAUUGAAGGAAUGAUGGAUGGCGCUAAAAGUCUUCCAGAGAUUUGAGACUGGGACAGAGGUUCACCUUCCAGCAGGACAAUGACCCUAAGCAUACUGCUAAAGCAACACUCGAGUGGUUUAAGGGGAAACAUUUAAAUGUCUUGGAACGGCCUAGUCAAAGCCCAGACCUCAAUCCAAUUGAGAAUCUGUGGUAUGACUUAAAGAUUGCUGUACACCAGCGGAACCCAUCCAACUUGAAGGAGCUGGAGCAGUUUUGCCUUGAAGAAUGGGCAAAAAUCCCAGUGGCUAGAUGUGCCAAGCUUAUAGAGACAUACCCCAAGAGACUUGCAGCUGUAAUUGCUGCAAAAGGUGGCUCUACAAAGUAUUAACUUUGGGGGGGGUGAAUAGUUAUGCACGCUCAAGUCUUCUGUUUUUUUGUCUUAUUUCUUGUUUGUUUCACAAUAAAAAAUAUUUUGCGUGUUCAAAGUGGUAGGCAUGUUGUGUAAAUCAAAUGAUACAAACCCACCAAAAAUCCAUUUUAAUUCCAGGUUGUAAGGCAAUAAAAUAGGAAAAAUGCCAAGGGGGAUGAAUACUUUCGCAAGCCACUGUAUAUAACCAUGUUAUUUUUACUCAUUAUUCUUAAUCAUUAUUCACUGUGUAUUUAUUCCUUGUCACUAUUUAAAUGUUUUAUUAAAUGUUUUGUCUUGUUGGAAAAGUAAGCAUUUCACUGUUAGUCUACACCUGCUGUCUACGAAGCAUGUGUCAAAUAACAUUUGAUUGAUUUGAUUUGAUCUACUGUCUCAUGAGAAAGAGAGAGGAGGGAGAGACUAUAUGAACAAUGUUCUUUCUCAUAAGUCCCUCAGUUGAAGCUGAAAUUUUUCUCACCUCCUUAUACAUUUAGACCCAUUUUCAAUCAGUGAGGUUGCAAAUAUAGUAUGUUUCAGACAGUAUAGCUGGCCUUCAGUUCUUUGUGCACCAUAUAUCUAUUGUAGUAUCUGUGCAAAUAGAUUAAUGGAUGAUCUGAGUGGCUGUGGGGAGCAUGUGUUAGAUGGACAGUUCAUUGAAUAAUCCAGCUCAGCUCUCUCCGCAAGCCCAUCAGGUUUAAGCCAAUGUCCUAAUGGAGGGUGUCACCACCGAGAAGAACCUCGAUCAGAUCAGAGUCUAAACCUCCACUAGCCCAGCAUUGAAUCUCCAGAAGGGUUGAAUGGGGAUGCGUCCCAAAUGGCACCCUAUUCCCUUUAUAGUGUACUACUUUUGACCAAAGCCCUAUGGGCCCAUUCCAUUUGGAAUGCAACAUGGGAAUCCUCUUUCUUGUUUUAUUUUUACUUAACCUUUAUUUAAUUAGGAAAGUCAGUUAAGAACACAUUCUUAUUUACAAUGACGGCCUACCAAAAGGCAAAAGGCCUCCUGCGGGGACGGGGUCUGGGAUUAAAAAAUUAAUAAAUAUACACUACCAGUCAAAAGUUUGGACACACGUGCUCAUUCAAGUGUUUUUCUUUAUUUUUUACUAUUAUUUACAUUGUAAACUAUGAAAUAACACAUAUGGAAUCAUGUAUUAACCAAAAAAGUGUUAAAAUUUCAAAAUAUAUUUUAUAUUUGAGAUUGUUCAAAUUGCCACUCUUUGCUUUGAUGACAGCUUUGCACACUCUUGGCAUUCUCUCAACCAGCUUCAUGAGGUAGUCACCUGGAAUGCAUUUCAAUUAACAGGUGUGCCUUCUUAAAAGUUAAUUUGUGGAAUUUCUUUCCUUCUUAAUGCGUUUGAGCCAAUCAGUUGUGUUGUGACAAGGUAGGGGGGUAUACAGAAGAUAGCCCUAUUUGAUAGAAGACCAAGUCCAUAUUAUGGCAAGAACAGCUCAAAUAAGCAAAGACAAACGACAGUCCAUCAUUAGUUUAAGACAUAAAGGUCAGCCAAUACGGACAAUUUCAAGAACUUUGAAAGUUUCUUCAAGUGCAGUCGCAAACACCAUCAAGCGCCAUGAUGAAAUUGCCUCUCAUGAGGACCGCCACAGGAAUGGAAGACCCAGAGUUACCUCUGCUGCAGAGGAUGAGUUACCAGCUUCAGAAAUUGCAGCCCAAAUAAAUGCUUCACAGAGUUCAAGUCACAGACACAUCUCAACAUCAACUGUUCAGAGGGGACUGUGUGAAUCAGGCCUUCAUGGUCGUAUUGCUGCAAGGAAACCACUACUAAAGGACACCAAUAAUAAGAAGAGACCUGCUUGGGCCAAGAAACACGAGCAAUGGACAUUAGACUGGUGGAAAUCUGUCCUUUGGUCUGGGUACAAAUUGGAGAUUUUUGGUUCCAACCGCCGUGUCUUUGUGAGACGCAAUGUCUUUGUGAGACGCAAUGUCCGCAUGUGUAGUUCCCACCGUGAAGCAUGGAUGAGGAGGUGUUAUGGUAUGGGGGUGAUUUGCUGGUGACACUGUCUGUGAUUUAUUUAGAAUUCAAGGCACACUUAACCAGCAUGGCUACCACGGCAUUCUGCAGCGAUACACCAUCCCAUCUGGUUUGGGCUUAGUGGGACUAUCAUUUGUUUUUCAACAGGACAAUGAUUCAACACACCUCCAGGCUGUGUAAGGACUAUUUUACCAAGAAGGAGAGUGAUGGAGUGCUGCAUCAGAUGACCUGGCCUCCACAAUCCCCCGACCUUAACCCAAUUGAGGUGGUUUGGGAUGAGUCAGACCGCAGAGUGAAGGAAAAGCUGCCAACAAGUGCUCAGAAUAUGUGGGAACUCCUUCAAGACUGUUGGAAAAGCAUUCCAGGUGAAGCUGGUUUUGAGAAGGCCAGGAGUGUGCAAAGCUGUCAUCAAGGGAAAGGGUGGCUAUUUGAAGAAUCUCAAAUAUAAAAUAUAUUUUGAUUUGUUUAACACUUUUUUGGUUACUACAUGAUUCGAUAUGGGUUAUUUCAUAGUUUUGAUGUCUUCAUUAUUAUUCUACAAUGUAGAAAAUAGUAAAAAUAAAGAAAAACCCUUGAAUGAGUAGGUGUGUCCAAACUUUUGACUGGUACUGUAUAUAUAAAUAUAGGACCAAACUCACAUCACAACAAGAGAGACAACACAGCACUACAUAAAGAGAGACCUAAAACAACAACAUAACAUGGCAGCAAUACACGACAACACAGCAAGGUAGCAACCCAAAAUGAAAACAACAUGGUAGCAACUCUUAACCUGGGGCCUGGAGCAAAUGUGAAUUGUCCCCCAUGGAUAUCACUGCCUCUGGUUUAAGAGAUUAUUGGAGAGCGGAGCAUAAAUCCACUGGAGAUUAUUUACCUUUGGAUAAUUGUGAAGCAUUGUGGAGCAGUGUGCAGCAGAGGCUGCUUGUCCUCAAGGCUUUAAUGGAUCCUCAGUAAUGCUGAUUGAUCAGAAAUAUGAGCUGAUAUUUUUAAACAGCACAGAGGGCUGCUGUUUUAAUGCUCUCACUCCUUCCUCAUUCAUUUUUUAUAAUGUUUUUAUUUUUAUUUAACCUUUAUUUAACCAGAUAAGCCAGUUGAGAACAAGUUCUCAUUUACAACUGCGACCUGGCCAAGAUAAAGCAAAGCAGUGCGAUAAAAACAACAUCACAGAGUUACAUAUGGGGUAAACAAAACAUAAAGUCAAAAAUACAACAGAAAAUAUAUAUACAGCGUGUGCGAAUGUAGUAAAUUAUGGAGGUAAGGCAAUAAAUAGGCCAUAGUGCAAAAUAGUUACAAUUUCGUAUUAACACUGGAAUGAUAGAUGUGGAAAAGAUGAUGUGCAAAUAGAGAUACUGGGGUGCAAAUUAGCAAAAUAAAUAACAAUAUGGGGAUGAGGUAGUUGGAUGGGCUAAUUACAGAUGGGCUGUGUACAGGUGCAGUGAUCGGUAAGCUGCUCUGACCACUGACGCCUAAAGUUAGUGAGGGAGAUAAGAGUCUCCAGCUUCAGAGAUUUUUGCAGUUUGUUCCAGUCAUUGGCAGCAGAGAACUGGAAGGAAUGGCGGCCAAAGGAGGUGUUGGCUUUGGGGAUGACCAGUGAGAUAUACCUGCUGGAGCGCAUACUACGGGUGGGUGUUGCUAUGGUGACCAGUGAGCUAAGAUAAGACAGGGAUUUGCCUAGCAGUGAUUUAUAGAUGACCUGGAGCCAGUGGGUUUGGCGAUGAAUAUGUAGUGAGGGCCAGCCAACAAGAGCGUACAGGUCACAAUGGUGGGUAGUAUAUGGGGAUUUGGUAACAAAACGGAUUGCACUGUGAUAGACUACAUCCAAUUUGCUGAGUAGAGUGUUGGAAGCUUUUUUGUAAAUGACAUCGCUGAAGUCAAGGAUCGGUAGGAUAGUCAGUUUUACGAGGGCAUGUUUGGCAGCAUGAGUGAAGGAGGCUUUGUUGCGAAAUAGGAAGCCUAUUCUAGAUCUAACUUUUGAUUGGAGAUGCUUAAUGUGAGUCUGGAAGAAGAGUUUACAGUCUAACCAGACACCUAGGUAUUUGUAGUUGUCCACAUACUCUAGGUCAGACCCGCCGAGAGUAGUGAUUCUAGUUGGGUGGGACGGGUGCAAGCGGCGUUCGGUUGAAGAGCAUGCAUUUCGUUUUACUAGUGUUUAAGAGCAGUUGGAGGCUACGGAAGGAGUGCUGUAUGGCAUUGAAGCUCAUUUGGAGGUUUGUUUUACACAGUGUCCAAUGAAGGGCCAGAUGUAUACAAAAUGGUGUCGUCCGCAUAGAGGUGGAUCCGAGCGUCACCACCAGCAAGAGCAACAUCAUUGAUAUACACAGAGAAUAGAGUCGGCCCGAGAAUUGAACCCUGUGGCACCCCCAUAGAGACUGCCAGAGGUACAGACAACAGGCCCUCCGAUUUUACACAUUGAACUCUAUCUGAGAAGUAGUUGGUGAACCAGGCGAGGCAGUCAUUUGCGAAACCAAGGCUAUUUAGUCUGCCAAUAAGAAUGCGGUGGUUGACAGAGUCGAAAGCCUUGGCCAGGUCGAUGAAGACGGCUGCGCAGUACUGUCUUUUAUCGAUCGCGGUUAUAAUAUCGUUUAGGACCUUGAGCGUGGCUGAGGUGCACCCAUGACCAGCUCGGAAACCGGAUUGCAUAGCGGAGAAGGUACGGUGGGAUUCGCAAUGAUCGGUGAUCUGUUUGUUAACUUGGCUUGCAAAAACUUUAGAAAGGCAGGGCAGGAUGGAUAUAGGUCUGUAACAGUUUGGAUCUAGAGUGUCACCCCCUUUGAAGAGGGGGAUGACCGCGGCAGCUUUCCAAUCUCUGGGGAUCUCAGAUGUUACGAAAGAGAGGUUGAACAGGCAAGUAAUAGGGGUUGCGACAAUUUUGGCAUCUACUUUUAGAAAGAAAGGGUCCAGAUUGUCUAGCCCAGCUGAUUUGUAGGGGUCCAGAUUUUUCAGCUCUUUCAGAACAUCAGCUGUCUGAAUUUGUGUAAAGGAGAAGCAGGGGAGGGGCAUGGGCAAGUUGCAGCGGAGGGUGCAGAGCUGGUGGCCGGGGUAGUGGUAGCCAGGUGGAAAGCAUGGCCAGCCGUAGCAAAAUGCUUGUUGAAAUUCUUGAUUAUUGUAGAUUUAUCGGUGGUGAUAGUGUUUCCUAGUGCAGUGGGCAGUUGGGAGGAGGUGCUCUUAUUCUCCAUGGACUUUACAGUGUCCCAAAACGUUUUGGAGUUAGUGCUACAGGAUGCACAUUUCUGUUUGAAAAAGCUAGCCUUUGCUUUCCUAACUGAUUGUGUAUAUUGGUUCCUGACUUCCCUGAAAAGUUGCAUAUCGCGGGGGCUGUUCGAUGCUAAUGCAGUACGCCACAGGAUGUUUUUGUGCUGGUCAAGGGCAGUCAAGGCUGAGGAGAUCCAGGGGCUAUAUCUGUUCUUAGUUCUGAAUUUUUUGAAUGGGGCAUGCUUAAUUAAGAUUGAGAGGAAAGCACUUUUAAAGAACAACCAGGCAUCCUCUACUGACGGAAUGAGGUCAAUAUCCAUCCAGGAUACCCGGGCCAGGUCAAUUAGAAAGGCCUGCUCGCUAAAGUGUUUUAGGGAGCGUUUGACAGUGAUGAGGGUUCUCAUCAAUGAGAGAGAGGAGGGCUCGCCCUAAAUCUCUGGACAAAUCCAGGAUUUUCCAACAGGCCCAGAUGAUGCUUGACAAGGAGGACAUGACUGUAUGGCAGAUGAUACGAAUAGUAGUUAAUGAAUCCAGAAUGCUUGGUGAAGCUGCAUCAGUGUCAGACUGAUCAGCAUGUCAUUGGCUGGAAGGGACAUUUUAAUGACCUCAGCGUUCAAAACCUGAUGAUGUGGCAUAUUCCAUUUUACACUGAUCUGAGGCCAGUCUUUCUCUGUUAGACAAAGCCUGAUGAUGUGGCAUAUUCCAUUUUACACUUAUCUGAGGCCAGUCUUUCUCUGUUAGACAAAGCCUGAUGAUGUGGCAUAUUCCAUGAAAAAAAAGUAUAUACACUGCUCAAAAAAAUAAAGGGAACACUUAAACAACACAAUGUAACUCCAAGUCAAUCACACUUCUGUGAAAUCAGACUGUCCACUUAGGAAGCAACACUGAUUGUCAAUACAUUUCACAUGCUGUUGUGCAAAUGGAAUAGACAACAGGUGGAAAUUAUAGGCAAUUAGCAAGACACUCCCAAUAAAGGACUGGUUUUGCAGGUGGUGACCACAGACCACUUCUCAGUUCCUAUGCUUCCUGGCUGAUGUUUUGGUCACUUUUGAAUGCUGGCGGUGCUUUCACUCUAGUGGUAGCAUGAGACGGAGUCUACAACCCACACAAGUGGCUCAGGUAGUGCAGCUCAUCCAGGAUGGCACAUCAAUGCGAGCUGUGGCAAGAAGGUUUGCUGUGUCUGUCAGCGUAGUGUCCAGAGCAUGGAGGCGCUACCAGGAGACAGGCCAGUACAUCAGGAGACGUGGAGGAGGCCGUAGGAGGGCAACAGCCCAGCAGCAGGACUGCUACCUCCGCCUUUGUGCAAGGAGGAGCAGGAGGAGCACUGCCAGAGCCCUGCAAAAUGACCUCCAGCAGGCCACAAAUGUGCAUGUAUCUGCUCAAACGGUCAGAAACAGACUCCAUGAGGGUGGUAUGAGGGCCCGACGUCCACAGGUGGGGGUUGUGCUUACAGCCCAACACCGUGCAGGACGUUUGGCAUUUGCCAGAGAACACCAAGAUUGGCAAAUUCGCCACUGGCGCCCUGUGCUCUUCACAGAUGAAAGCAGGUUCACACUGAGCACGUGUGACAGACGUGACAGAGUCUGGAGACGCCGUGGAGAACGUUCUGCUGCCUGCAACAUCCUCCAGCAUGACCGGUUUGGCGGUGGGUCAGUCAUGGUGUGGGGUGGCAUUUCUUUGGGGGGCCGCACAGCCCUCCAUGUGCUCGCCAGAGGUAGCCUGACUGCCAUUAGGUACCGAGAUGAGAUCCUCAGACCCCUUGUGAGACCAUAUGCUGGUGCGGUUGGCCCUGGGUUCCUCUUAAUGCAAGACAAUGCUAGACCUCAUGUGGCUGGAGUGUGUCAGCAGUUCCUGCAAGAGGAAGGCAUUGAUGCUAUGGACCGCCCGUUCCCCAGACCUGAAUCCAAUUGAGCACAUCUGGGACAUCAUGUCUCGCUCCAUCCACCAACGCCACGUUGCACCACAGACUGUCCAGGAGUUGGCGGAUGCUUUAGUCCAGGUCUGGGAGGAGAUCCCUCAGGAGACCAUCCGCCACCUCAUCAGGAGCAUGCCCAGGCGUUGUAGGGAGGUCAUACAGGCACGUGGAGGCCACACACACUACUGAGCCUCAUUUUGACUUGUUUUAAGGACAUUACAUCAAAGUUGGAUCAGCCUGUAGUGUGGUUUUCCACUUUAAUUUUGAGGGUGACUCCAAAUACAGACCUCCAUGGGUUGAUAAAUUUGAUUUCCAUUGAUAGUUUUUGUGUGAUUUUGUUGUCAGCACAUUCAACUAUGUAAAGAAAAAAGUAUUUAAUAAGAUUAUUUCAUUCAUUCAGAUCUAGGAUGUGUUAUUUUAGUGUUCCCUUAAUUUUUUUGAGCAGUGUAUAUAUAUUAUUUAUUAUUUUACCCCCUUUUUCUCCCUAAUUUCAUCAUAUCCAAUUGGUAGUUAUAGUCUUGUCCCAUCGCUGCAACUCCCGUACGGACUCGGGAGAGGUGAAGGUCGAGAGCCAUGCGUCCUCCGAAACACAACCCCGCCAAGCCGCACUGCUUCUUGAUACAAUGCAUGCUUAACCCGGAAGCCAGCCGCACCAAUGUGUUGGAGGAAACACCGUACACCUGGCGACCGUGUCAGCGUGCAUGCGCCCGGCUCACCACAGGAGUCGCUAGAGCGCAAUGGGACAAGGACAACCCGGCCGGCCAAACCGUCCCCUAACCCGGAUGAUGCUGGGCCAAUUCUGCGUCGCCUCAUGGGUCUCCCGGUCGCGGCCGGCUGCGACACAGCCCGGUAUUGAACCAGGAUCUGUAGUAACGCAGCCUGAUGACCACUGCGCCACUCAGGAGGCCCCCGGCAUAUUCCAUUUUACACUGAUCUGAGGCCAGUCUUUCUCUGUUAGACACACUCUAUUUCAGGGAUAUUAAACUCUUACCCUACGAGGUCUGCUGGUUUUCUGUCUUACCUAAUAAUUAAUUGCACACACCUGGUGUCCCAGGUCUAAAUCAGUCCCUGAUUAGAGGGGAACAAUUAAGAAAUGCAGUGGAACUGGCUUCGAGGACCAGAGAUGAGUUUGAGGGCUCUAGUCUAUAACAUGGUUAAUUUGCUCACGGUUCAUUUUAGGUUUAUUUGCCUUCCACAGUACUAUACCUUUAAUAAUAAAUACGCUAUAAUAGUUCUAGCUACAUUUAGCAGAUUUCAGUAGCUGAAUUUGUAUGUGUGACCUCCCGCUUCCAUUGAAAUAACAGUGAAAUAUAAAAUGUAACACAGAUGUAUAAAAUAUGCAACAUGUCUCCCUAUUGGUUUGCAGCAGUCAUGUCACGAGCCCACGAGGGCCCAGGCGAGAUGGGGAAGGCAGUGGUUAUUGCAAAGGACGAGCAGGAGAAAAUGAAGGAGCUCUUUAAGAUUAACCAGUUCAAUCUGAUGGCCAGCGACAUGAUUGCUCUCAACAGGAGUCUGCCGGACGUGAGACUGGACGGGUGAGUGAGCUUGGCCUUUUCCCAGACACACACUGUGAAUUACACUACUGACCUCUUUACUCGGCACACCACCCACUUUAACAACACUGUAACCUACCACCACUACUCCUCAGAAGCCCUAAUACCUCCACUUCACUUGGCAACAUGCUCCGGUUCUCAAAAGUUCUGACAUUUUGAAUCUACUUUCUGCCUUUUUCACUAGUUGUUGUUUUUAGUCUAGAAACUUCAGCUGAAUUCACUGGAAACCGCACAACGCUGACAGCACAACGUUGAGAAUUACAGCAUGUUGUUUAAUUUUAGGAGCAGCCUCAGGCGGAUUAUUAACAGCAAUGAGAAGCAAAAGAGACUAUCUACCAAAUAACUAAGGUCCAACAGAACGUUUUUAUAUAGUUUGUAAUAAACCAGUUUGUUAACUUUGAUUAAAACACCCAUUAGGACAGAAUGAAAGGAGAUCUUAAAGGCUUCACUCUGCGCCUCACCCCUUUCAAGUCCUCGGACUCCUCAGGGUUCAUUCCAUUAUGUAACAUACUCUAAUUCAGUUGUUGCUGGUGAGGGGACGAGGGCUCAUAGGAAUGACUGGAGUGGAAUAAAUGGAGCGGCAUCUAACUCAUGGAAACCAUGUGUUCGAUGUUUUUCAUACCAUUCCAUUCAUUCGGUUCCAGCGAUUACAAUGAGGCUUUUACAGUGAGAUUUUAAAGUGCCACCAGACACCACUGCUCUAAUUGAAGAACAUUAGACUUAAAGAGAUUAUUUGCUCGUGUUGGAUCCAUCACAUUCUUCGGGUGUUUACAUCAGCCGUGACGGUCUGAAUGGGAGAAGGGCUUUGUUUAAUGUCGCCCAAGACCAACUAGAGCUGGAUAAUGAAAACCCAAAGAGCAAUUUGUGUGAAAAUAUCUUAAGCAGCUGAUCUAGAGGCAGUCUUCUCGCCUGGAGACAACCCAGUGAUUUCAUGUUUAUGUAUUCCUACAGAACAUUACUUAUCAACUGUUCUUUAGAAAGUGCUCUGCACUGCAGUCCAAUAUAUCUCCUGUUGGAGGAAAAUAGGAACAUUUUCAAUACAACAAUAUAAAAAGUGAUGCAGAGAAUAUACAGUAGCAGUCAAAAGUUUGGACACACCUACUCAUUCAAGGGUUUUUCUUUAUUUUUACAAUUUUCUACAUUGUAGAAUAAUAGUGAAGACAUCAGAACUAUGAAAUAACCCAUAUGGAAUCAUGUAGUAACCAAAAAAGUGUUAAACAAAUCAAAAUAUAUUUUAUAGCCACCCUUUGCCUUGAUGACAGCUUUGCCUGGAAUGCUUUUCCAGCAGUGUUGAAGGAGUUCCCACAUACAGUGAGGGAACAAAGUAUUUGAUCCCCUGCUGAUUUUGUACUUUUGCCCACUGACAAAGAAAUUAUCAGUCUAUAAUUUUAAUGGUAGGUUUAUUUGAACAGUGAGAGACAGAAUAACAACAACAAAAUCCAGAAAAACCCAUGUCAAAAAUGUUAUAAAUUGAUUUGCAUUUUAAUGAGGGAAAUAGGUAUUUGACCCCCUCUCAAUCAGAAAGAUUUCUGGCUCCUAGGUGUCUUUUAUACAGGUAACGAGCUGAGAUUAGGAGCACACUCUUAAAGGGAGUGCUCCUAAUCUCAGCUUGUUACCUGUAUAAAAGACACCUGUCCACAGAAGCAAUCAAUCAAUCAGAUUCCAAACUCUCCACCAUGGCCAAGACCAAAGAGCUCUCCAAGGAUGUCAGGGACAAGAUUGUAGACCUACACAAGGCUGGAAUGGGCUACAAGACCAUCGCCAAGGAGCUUGGUGAGAAGGUGACAGCAGUUGGUGCGAUUAUUCGCAAAUGGAAGAAACACAAAAUAACUGUCAAUCUCCCUCGGCCUGGGGCUCCAUGCAAGAUCUCAACUCGUGGAGUUGCAAUGAUCAUGAGAACGGUGAGGAAUCAGCCCAGAACUACACAGGAGGAACUUGUCAAUAGGAACAUUGGGCGGCGCACAAUUGGCCCAGCGUCGUCCAGGGUAGGGGAGGGAAUGGCCGGCAGGCCUGUAGCUCAGUUGAUAGAGCAUGGCGUUUGCAACGCCAGGGUUGUGGGUUCGAUUCCCACGGGGGGCCAGUAUAAAAAAAAAAAUAUGUAUUCACUAACUGUAAGUCGCUCUGGAUAAGAGCGUCUGCUAAAUGACUAAAAUGUAAAUGUAGAAUGUCAAUGAUCUCAAGGCAGCUGCGACCAUAGUCACCAAGAAAACAAUUGGUAACACACUACGCCGUGAAGGACUGAAAUCCUGCAGUGCCCGCAAGGUCCCCCUGCUCAAGAAAGCACAUAUACAGUCCCGUCUGAAGUUUGCCAAUGAACAUCUGAAUGAUUCAGAGGAGAACUGGGUGAAAGUGUUGUGGUCACUAACUGUAAGGCGCUCUGGAUAAGAGCGUCUGCUAAAUGACUAAAAUGUAAAUGUUAAUGGUCAGAUGAGACCAAAAUCGAGCUCUUUGGCAUCAACUCAACUCGCCGUGUUUGGAGUAGGAGGAAUGCUGCCUAUGACCCCAAGAACACCAUCCCCACAUUAAGGUCCUGAAGUGGCCUAGCCAGUCUCCAGAACUUAAUCCCAUAGAAAAUCUGUGGAGGGAGCUGAAGGUUCGAGUUGCCAAACGUCAGCCUCGAAACCUUAAUGACUUGGAGAAGAUCUGCAAAGAGGAGUGGAACAAAAUCCCUCCUGAGAUGUGUGCAAACCUGGUGGCCAACUACAAGAAACGUCUGAUCUCUGUGAUUGCCAACAAGGGUUUUGCCACCAAGUACUAAGUCAUGUUUUGCAGAGGGGUCAAAUACUUAUUUCCCUCAUUAAAAUGCAAAUCAAUUUCUAACAUUUUUGACAUGGGUUUUUCUGGAUUUUGUUGUUGUUAUUCUGUCUCUCACUGUUCAAAUAAACCUACCAUUAAAAUUAUAGACUGAUCAUAUCUUUGUCAGCGGGCAAACUUACAAAAUCAGCAGGGGAUCAAAUACUUUUUUCCCUCACUGUAUGCUGAGCACUUGUUGGCUGCUUUUCCUUCACUCUGCGGUCCAACACAUUGUGGAGGCCAGGUCAUCUGAUGCAGCACUUCAUCACUCUCCUUCUUGGUCAAAUAGCCCUUACACAGCCUGGAGGUGUGUUGGGUCAUUGUCCUGUUGAAAAACAAAUGAUAGUCCCACUAAGUGCAAACCAGAUGGGAUGGCGUAUUGCUGCAGAAUGCUGUGGUAGCCAUGCUGGUUAAGUGUGCCUUGAAUUCUAAAUAAAUCACUGACAGUGUCACCAGCAAAGCACCCCCACAACAUCACACCUCCUUCUCAAUGCUUCACGGUGGGAACUACACAUGUGGAGAUCAUCCGUUCACCUACUCUGCGUCUCACAAAGACACGGCGGUUGGAGCCAAAAAUCUCAAAUUUGGACUCAUCAGACCAAAGGACAGAUUUCCACCGGUCUAAUGUCCAUUGCUCGUGUAUCUUGGCCCAAGCAAAUCUCUUCUUAAUGUUGGUGUCCUUUAGUAGUGGUUUCUUUGUAGCAUUUUGACCAUGAAGGCCUGAUUCACGCAGUCUCCUCUGAACAGUUGAUGUUGAAAUGUGUCUGUUACUUGAACUCUGUGAAGCAUUUAUUUGGGCUGCAAUUUCUGAGGCUGGUAACUCUAAUGAACUAAUCCUCUGCAGCAGAGGUAACUCUGGUUCUUCCAUUCCUGUGGCGGUCCUCAUGAGAGCCAGUUUCAUCAUAGCGCUUGAUGGUUUUUGCGACUGCACUUGAAGAAACUUUCAAUGUUCUUGACCUUCAUGUCUUAAAGUAAUGAUAGACUGUGUCACGAUCGUCAGGGAGAGACCAAUGCGCAGCGUGAUGAACGAACAUGUUAACUUUAUUAUCUUUAGUGAUAAUAGAAACAAUAAACAAAACAAGAAACGACUCGUGAAGUCCACGGUAUCAAUGACCGAACACGGAACAAGAACCCCCAAACACAAAGGGAAAACAGACAGUUUAAAUAUGGCUCCCAAUCAGAGACAACCAGCCAACAGCUGACACUCGUUGCCUCUGAUUGGGAGUCACUCAGGCAAACAUAGAAUAAAACAAACUAGAACCCCCAACAUAGAAAUAAACACAUAGAAUAAACACACCCUGGCUCAACAAAUAGAGUCCCAGAGCCAGGGUGUGACAGUACCCCCCCCUAAAGGCGCGGACUGCGACCGCGCCUCAACUAAAGCAAAACAGGGGAGGGCUGGGCGGGCAUACCUCCUCGGCGGCGGUUCUGGCUCCGGCCUUGACCACCACCCUCCAAUAAACCCCCCAUAGCGCCCCUGGUCCAGUCUGGCCCCGCUGGCUGGAGCUGAACUGGACGUAGCAGGAGCGGUUAGCUUCAGCUCCGUAGUGGAGCAGUUGACCGGUACCUUCCCAGGCACCGGUGACCCAGGCACGGGUUGUGCCGGACUGACGACGCGCACCCCUGUCCUGGUGCGUGGAGGAGGAACGGGCCUUACCAGGCUGACGACUCGCACCCCUGGCUUGGUGCGUGGAGGAUGAACGGGCCUUACCAGGCUGACGACUCGCACCCCUGGCUUGGUGCGUGGAGGAGGGACGGGCCUUACCAGGCUGAUGUCUCGCACCCCUGGCUUAGUGCGAGUGGCAGGAACAGGCCGGGCCGGGCUGGCGACGCGCACCGUAGACUUGGUGCGAGUGGCAGGAACAGGCCGGGCCGGGCUGGCGACGCGCACCGUAGACUUGGUGCGAGUGGCAGGAACAGGCCGGGCCGGGCUGGCGACGCGCACCGUAGACUUGGUGCGAGUGGCAGGAACAGGCCGGGCCGGGCUGGCGACGCGCACCGUAGACUUGGUGCGUGGAGCAGGGACAGGCCGGACUGGGCUGGCGACGCACACCGUAGGCUUGGUGCGUGGAGCAGGGACAGGCCGGACUGGGCUGGCGACGCACACCGUAGGCUUGGUGCGUGGAGCAGGGACAGGCCGGACUGGGCUGGCGACGCACACCGUAGGCUUGGUGCGAGGAGCAGGAACAGGCCGAACCGGGCUGUGGAGACGGAUAGGAGACCUGGAGUGAAGAGCGGCCACAACCCGUCCUGGCUGAAUGCCUACCCUCACACACUCUGUGUGAGGCAUCCGCACAGGACGUACAGGGCGGUGUACCCGUAACCUGGUGGCCUUCUGAAUCCGCCCCUUUUCUGCCUCCGUCAGCCCCGUCGUCCAUGCCGUGUGCCCCCCCCUAAAAAUUUUCUGGGGUUGCCUCUCGCCUGUCCGACGUUGACCCGUUUGGCGCCACUGCUCCUCUCUACGGCGCGCCUCCACCGUCUCUUCCCACGGACGCCGAUCCAUCCCGGCCUGUAUCUCCUUCCAAGUCCAGGAUCCUUUCCCGUCCAAUAUCUCCUCCCAUGUCCAGGCUGCCUGCUCCUGGACACGCUGCUUGGUCCUUGUAUGGUGGGUUUUUCUGUCACGAUCGUCAGGGAGAGACCAAUGCGCAGCGUGAUGAACGAACAUGUUAACUUUAUUAUCUUUAGUGAUAAUAGAAACAAUAAACAAAACAAGAAACGACUCGUGAAGUCCACGGUAUCAAUGACCGAACACGGAACAAGAACCCCCAAACACAAAGGGAAAACAGACAGUUUAAAUAUGGCUCCCAAUCAGAGACAACCAGCCAACAGCUGACACUCGUUGCCUCUGAUUGGGAGUCACUCAGGCAAACAUAGAAUAAAACAAACUAGAACCCCCAACAUAGACAUAUAACACAUAGAAUAAACACACCCUGGCUCAACAAAUAGAGUCCCAGAGCCAGGGUGUGACAGACUGUCGUUUCUCUUUGCUUAUUUGAGAUGUUCUUGGCAUAAUAUGGACUUGGUCUAUCUUCUGUAUACCACCCCUGCCUUGUCACAACACAACUGAUUGGCUCAAACGCAUUAGGUAGGAAAGAAAUUCCACAAAUUAACUUUUAAGAAGGCACACCUGUUAAAUUUUAUGCAUUCCAGGUGACUACUUCAUGAAGCUGGUUUAGAGAAUGCCAAGAGUGUGCAAAGCUGUCAUCAAGGCAAAGGGUGGCUACUUUCAAGAAUCUCAAAUAUAAAAUACAAUUUCAUUUGUUUAACACUUUUUGGGGUACUACAUGAUUGCAUAUGUGUUAUUUCAUAGUUUUGAUGUCUUCACUAUUAUUCUACAAUGUAGAAAAUGGUAAAAAAUAAAGAAAAACCCUUGAUUGAGUAUGUGUGUCCAAACUUUUGACUGGUACUGUAAGCAUAUGCCAAUGCUGUAAACAUUGUCUAUAUUGUUUAUAUAUUGAAUAUACAUUGGUACCUACUGCCUUGAAACUCAAUUGUAUGACUGUCCCCCAUGGGGCUUACAUUACUAUAACAUUUUAUAUGAAAAGUUAUCACAAAAAGGAACAUUUUCAAUAUAUGUGAACACUGCAUGCACUCCAUUUCACACAUGUACCAGGAUUGUGCAUAGUUUAAUGCUUGUAGAUUUAGCUAAUUAUGAAUUCCACUUGAAUGAACUAGUCAUAUAGUAUAUUGAAGAAUUUGUACAAAAUGGAGAGCAAACAAACAGUAAAUCUAAAUUGUGAUCUAUUGAUUUUAUUUCACCCCUAGAGAGUGCAAAGCUGCAUAAUCAUACUAAUUGCAUCUCUAUAUUUUCCUCAGUACACCUUGGAACGUUAUUAAAGAAAUAAGCUUUGCUUUGCAAGACUGUGAGAGAGAGAUAUUGUUGUGUGGUGUAGUAGCCAGUGGUUGAAACAAAUAAGAUGAUCGCUCAGUGGCUAGUAGCUAGCUACCCUGGUGCUCCCAUUCUGUCAGUCUGUCCUGUCACCCGUAGUGGGGUGAAUGGGAUAACCCUACUGUCUGCUCCACUCACCUGUCGCCUCCUGUCACCUCCCACUUCCACCCCGGCUGCCUCCUCUCUAUCUCUAAUGCACCAUCCUCAUACUUUAUUUAACAUUACAAUCUACACUACAUGACAGGCUUCCCCUGCCCUUGGUCUGUAUCUCUGGGAGUAUGUGACUACGUCCCAAAUGGCACCCUAUUUCCUGCAGUGCCUUCAGAAAGUAUUCAUACCCUUUGACUUAUUCCACAUUUUGUUGUGUUACAGCCUGAAUUCAACAUUGUUCUCAACUAUCUACAAGCAAUACCCCAUACCCCAGGGCGGCAGGUAGCUUAGUGGGUAAGAGCGUUGUGCCAGUAACCGAAAGGUCGCUGGUUCUAAUCCCCGAGCCGACUAGGUGAAAAAUCUGUCGAUGUGCCCUUGAGCAAGGCACUUAACCCUAAUUGCUCCUGUAAGUCGCUCUGGAUAAGAGCGUCUGCUAAAUGACUAAAAUGUAAAAUGUAAAUGUAAUAAUGACAAAGUGAAAACAUGUUAUUAGAUUUUUCAGAAUUUAAAAUGAAAUACAGAAAUAUCUAAUUUAGUCAAUACUUUGUACAAGCACCUUUGGCAGUCUUUCUGGGUAAGUCUCUAAGAGCUUUCCACACCUGGAUUGUACAACAUUUGCCCAUUAUUCUUCAAGUUCUGUGAAAUUGGUUGUUGAUCUUUGCUAGACAACCAUUUUCAGAUCUUGCCAUAGAUUUUCAAGUAGAUUUAAGUCAAAACUGUAACUUGGCCCCUUGGGAACAUUCACUGUCUUCUUGGUAAGCAACUCCAGUGUAGAUUUGGCCUUGUGUUUUAGGUUAUUGUCCUGCUGAAAGGUGAAUUAAUCUCACAGUGUCUGGUGGAAAGCAGACUGAACCAGGUUUUCAUCUAGGAUUUUGCCUGUGAUAGCACCAUUCAGUUUAUUUUUUUUAUCCAGAAAAACUCCCUAGUCCUUAACGAUUACAAGCAUACCCAUAACAUGAUGCAGCCACCACUAUGCUUGAAAAUAUGGAGAGUGGUACUGGAUUUUCCCCAAACAUAACACUUUGUAUUCAAGACAAAAAGUUAAUUGCUUUGCUACAUGUUUUGCAGUACUACUUGAGUGUCUUGAUGCAUGUUUUGGAAUAUCAAUUAGGUUAGUAUUAUGGAGUAACUACAAUGUUGUUGAUCCGUCCUCAGUUUUCUCCUAUCACAGCCAUUAAACUCUGUAACUGUUUUAAAGUCACCAUUGGCCUCAUGUUGAAAUCCCUGAGCGGGUUCCUUUUUUAGAUUUUACCCAUCUACCAGUAAGUGCCCUUCUUUGUGAGGCAUUGGAAAACCUCCCCGGUCUUUGUGGUUGAAUCUGUGUUUGAAAUUCACUGCUCGACUGAGGGACCUUACAGAUAAUUGUAUGUGUGGGGUACAGAGAUGAGGUAGUCAUUCAAAAAUCAUGUUCAACUCUAUUAUUGCACACAAAAUGAGUCCAUGCAACUUAUUAUGUGACUUGUUAAGCACAUUUUUUCUCCUGAACUUAUUUAGGCUUGCCAUAAAAAAGGGGUUGAAUACUUAUUGACUAAAGGCAUUUCAGCUUUUCAUUUUUAAUUAAUUAGUAAAAAUUUCAAAAAACAUCAUUCCACUUUGACAUUAUGGGGUAUUAUGUGUAUGUCAGUUUUUUUUAAAGUUCAAUGUAAUCCGUUUUAAAUUCAGGCUGUAACACAACAAAAUGUGGAAAAAGUGAAGGGGUGUGAAUACAUUCUGAAGGCACUGUAUAUGGGCCUUGGUCAAAAGUAGUGCUCUAUAUAAGGAAUAAGGUGCCAUUUGGGACACAGCCUGUGGAGCAGCAUGCCAUUUAGCACAGCACAGUGUUUCCCCUAUAUACAUGUCAUUUCUAGACGCGCUUUUAAAUGGAUUGUCAUUUAAUCAAUGACUGGAAAACUAUGGGAAAACCUAGCAUGUCGUUGUGCUAACGUCUAGUAGCAAUGCACCCCCCUCUACCCUUGCCACCACUGCUAGGGGAAACACUAGGGGAAACACUGGCACAGCGUAUACUCAGUCUUGUCAACUUUGGCUUUGUUUGAAAGCAGUUAAUUUUGUUACAAUGCUCUGAGGUAAAUUUCAGCCACAAAUUGUACACCCACAAGCAUGUCACACAACUAUGCUCACUGUUGAUAGAACUCUACUGUAGACAAGCAUCAGGAGUAGCAGCACAUUUUGAUCUCUCAACCAGAACUCUUGUUGUCUGUCCAUUAGUUGCAAGACGAAGGUGUAUUCGGAUGAUCUCCCCAACACAAGUAUAGUGAUCGUGUUCCACAACGAGGCGUGGAGCACCCUGCUCCGCACUGUCCACAGUGUCAUCAACCGCUCGCCACGGCACCUGCUGCAGGAGAUCCUACUGGUGGACGACGCCAGCGAGAGAGGUACUGUAGCUGGGUCCAGCCUAAACCUAAACCAUCAACUAACUAGCUUCACUGGGUUUAAAGGGGCACUCUGGGAUUAAUACAUGCAGUUCUUAGUAUUGGGUGAUAAUAUCUACCACAUUAAAGUUUGAAAGACAAUCGGCCCUUGAUAACUGUGAAUUAAUAGGAAAAACAACACUGCAUAAUGAAGUUCUAUGGGAGUUUGAAACAUGUCUGUUUAACCAUGCAAUUCUUAGUAUUGAAGGAUAAUAAUAUACCACAUUUGAAAGGAAAUCGGCCCGUGUCUUGAUAACUGUGAAUGAACGCGGAAAAACACCAAAAAAUUAAGUUAUUUCGCCGUUUGAAACAUGUCCUCUCUGAUGUGUCCUCUUCUGUCAGACUUCUUGGGAAAGAAGCUGGAGAACUAUGCUCGGACCCUGGAGGUUUCUGUGCGGGUCCUGCGGAUGGAGCAGCGAACGGGGCUGAUCCGGGCCAGGCUGAGGGGGGCAGCUGCCACACGGGGACAGGUUAUCACCUUCCUGGACGCCCACUGUGAAUGCACCGUGGGCUGGCUGGAGCCUCUGCUGGCCAGGAUCAAAGAGGACCGGUAAGGAGAUUCACCAUCACCCCUCUCAAUGUAAAUGGAACACACAGCACUGGAUAGACAUGGGUGGUGCUGAUGCUCAUAGCAAAUCAUCUCCUCUCUGUUCUCUUCCUGUUGCCUCAUUGAGAUGCUAACUCAUUAGCAUUCCGCUUGUCUUCUGUGUCAUCUGAAAACCGAUCUGAUGUUAAUGGUAGACACUAUCUCGACUUUAUAGCAGACAACGACACCAAUGCCCGUGACAGCUGUUGUGCCUCUUUUCAAAGGCAGCCAUAGCUGAGUGGCAGCUUGUUUUGUCAUGAUGCUGUCUGUCACUUCUUUAUACCGUAGUAGAUACAGUUGAAUGUGAUUGCACUGAAUCUGUUGAUGAUGGCUAUUUUAAGUGACAGCAUGGCUUAAAACCUAUUAUUUGGAAUCUGUGGUUAUUUUAAUAAAGUAAUAGUGUGGUAAUUCUAAUCCUGUUUCAGGAUUGCACUUGCAUGUUCGGUGGGUGAAGGGUUCCUUCUACAUAAAAGGGAGAAAAUGUAGAUGGACUGAAAAUUAAUUUGCCCCUCCUUGUAACUCUCUUAUCUGGUGUCAGACAUUUACCCAUUUUGCCUCAGGUGCCAGGCAGAAAUUAGUUUUGUAUUACAGAGGAGAUUAUAUUAUAGAGCCAUUAUACUUUUAUGACCCUGCACGUUUAUUGAUGUGUAAAAGUAUGUGCAGGAGCAUAAAAGUGCACAAAGACUGAUUAGAUUUAGACCAGGAAGUGAAGUGGAUGCUGAGUGAAGGGGAUUGUUGAAUGAAUUCCCUGCAGCACAUAGAGCUUGAGUCCCAAAUGGCACCCUAUUCCCUACGCAGUACACUGGCUUUGACCAGGGCAUUUCCUUACAUAGUGCACUACUUUUGACCAGAGCCCUGGUCAAAAGUAGUGCACUAGGGAAUAGGGUGCCAUUUGAGAUGCAGCCUUAGGGUUACCUUCAGCUUUACUAUAAAACUCCUACUGAAGAAAACAGUCUGAGCCCAUAUAUCCAUAUACUGUAUUGUCAUUGUCAACAUAAUCUACAUGCAUAUAAUCCAUUAUGUUUCCUCCGGUCAGUGUUGUUAUGCUAAUAGAUAUGUUUAUAAUGAGUAUGGACCAGCCGAUGAUUUACUAAUAUUGAAAUAAUCUCAUAAUGAAGCUGGGGAUAAUGCCACCGCUAUAGAAAUGCAUGGUCAGCAGUUAGCUAUUUUCAUCUCUCACGGCGCUCACCUGAAGAAUGAACAGUUAUGGCACCAUUAGUUUAGUAAAUUAUGAUUCAUUUAUUAUUUAUUUUGUUGAUGAAUUAAUGCUGUUGGCUCUGCCAGCCAAGCAGUUUAAUAUAACCAGACAUGGAAUAUUAUUAUCGGAAAUAACACACAUUUUUGGGGUUUAAGGGAAGAAAGUAAAUUAAUUGUAGAGACUGCAUCACAGUUCUACAAAGUAAUUUUUUUAGGGCUUUCUUUCACUAUUUCCUGUAAAACUAAUGCUUUCGAUUCCUCCAUGGUUGUUUAGGCUCUCUCUGUAUUUCUUGUCAAAUGAAUGCCUUAUAUUUCUUUCCAUGGUUGUUUAGGAGAUCUGUGGUGUGUCCUAUAAUCGAUGUGAUCAGCGACGAGACGUUUGAAUACAUGGCAGGCUCAGACAUGACCUACGGAGGAUUCAACUGGAAGCUGAAUUUCCGUUGGUACCCCGUGCCUCAGAGAGAAAUGGACAGGCGCAAAGGGGACAGGACAUUACCUCUCAGGUACACACAAGACACAUACUGUACAUGCCUUUAUCUGUGCCCGAGUUGAAAAGAGUUUAUUUGGCACCCUAUUCAUUUUAUAGUGCCCUACUUUUGUAAAAAAUAGUGCACUAUAAAGCAGGGGUGCUCAACUCUUACCAUACGAGGUCCGGAGCCUGCUGGUUUUCUGUUCUACCUGAUAAUUAAUUGCACACACCUGGUGUCCCAGAUCUAAAUCAGUCCCUGAUUAGAGGGGAACAAUGAAAAAAUGCAGUGGAACUGGCUUGGAGGUCCAGAGUUGAGUUUGAGGGCUAUAAAGGGAAUAGGGUACCAUUUGGGAUGCAUACUUUGUUAUCACUGUGCAGUGCUGUCAAGCCAGGGGCUGGUGAGUCAGAGGCAGCAGGGGGAGGACUGUAACAUUAAAGAACAGUUUACUGAAAAGACUCAUAAGACAACAAAUGUUAGCUCUAGCUUUCUCAUUUCAGCUGAGAAUAGGUUGUUUGUAGUGCUGGGAAGUUGCAGAGCUGACAUCAUUGGUGUGGAUUUCUUUAGAAGCGCUCUUCUCCGAUAGCUGUCAAAGCUGUCAUCAUUUAGAGAUAGCAAUAGAUUGGAUAUCUGUAUUAUACUGGCCUAGCUGCGAGGCAAUUUUUUAUGGUUUGUUAUUUGAUACAGUAGUUGUAGUUUCAUGGUGUAGCUUGUUUCAUUUUGGAAUACAAAGAAAUACUAAAGAAGGACUUGCAUCAAUGGAGCUGGUGCUGCAAAAAUAUUGACAAAGUUCUCCAUCAAUUAUAUUUUAUUGGACAGAGCAACAACAUGGUAUUAUGAUGGUGUCACUCAAUGCUUCAUAAAUCAGAUUUUCAUUAUCUUAAAAGAAGAUAAUCAUCUCCAAGACCUAGCUGUGUCUGUUUGCUUCUCUUUGCAGAAUGGAAACGGCAGAGAGUGGAUCAAAGAAUGAAAUAGUCAUUUUUGCACUGAGAUUGUCAGUCUAGGUCAGGUUUUUAUUGUGUGAAAUAGUAGUGUCCAAAGUGCUAAUUUGUUUGAUGAAGAGCUAGGCGAUUAAUCAUAUAUUGCUGUCUUAUUUCCGAAGCAAAUAAAAGCAGAGAUUCUGCCCCCAGACAUUGAGCAAUAUUGUUCAGCAAUAUUACUGUAUGAUAUUGAUUAUUUGUAAGCUGAUCUGUUUCUCACUUUGUAAGAAAGGUGUCUCUUGUAAAAUGUAUUUCUUUAUCCACUCUCAUUGUUUUUCUCUUACAGAACCCCUACUAUGGCUGGAGGGUUAUUCUCUAUUGACCGGACAUAUUUUGAAGAAAUAGGAACAUAUGAUCCAGGGAUGGACAUUUGGGGUGGAGAGAACUUGGAGAUGUCUUUCAGGGUGAGUGGUUAAGAAUAGAGGGCUCUGCUGGGUUAUUAUGACAAUGAUUGUGUGUGUGUGUGUGUGCGCGCGUGUGUACUUGCAUGCAUUUGUGUAUGUGUGUGUGACCACUUGUGUGUGUGUGACCACUUGUGUGUGCAGAUCUGGCAGUGUGGCGGCUCGCUGGAGAUUAUAACAUGUUCCCACGUGGGUCAUGUGUUCCGGAAGGCCACCCCAUACAGCUUCCCUGGGGGAACGGGCCAAGUCAUCAACAAGAACAACAGGCGAUUGGCUGAGGUGUGGAUGGACGGCUUCAAAGACUUCUUCUACAUCAUAUCACCAGGUAUGCUACCACGCUUCCAUUUUAACCUGUUGUCUCUCAGCGGGUGGGAAUGCAUAUGGAGUGGGAAUGCAAACCUGGGUUCAAAUACUAUUUGAAAUCAUUUAAAAUAAGCUGGGAUUGAUGGACCCACUGGGCACAGACGUCAAUUCAACGUCAAUUUCAUGUUGGUUCAACGUCAUUUCAUGACAUGACGUGGAAACAACGUUGAUUCAACCAGUGUGUGCCCAGUGGGGAGUUUCCUGGCGCAAUGGAACCAAUAGAAUUAUAGGAAAACGUCAAACCCCGCCCACCUGGCACUCCAGGCAGACUAAAGCAAACUUUAAAGCGUUGUAAAAUAUUUCAAAUACUAGUUAAACUCAGGUCUGAUGGAGUGGCAAUGCAUAUGGUCUCAGUGUAAAUCGCUGAGCUCUGAGCAAGUACUUUAAGGUGAAAUCAGCCUCUAGCUAUCAUUUUGGGUAUAGACUGGUUGGUUGUUUAGCAACAAAAUCGACUGGUGAGCAACUAUGGGGCAAAACAGACUGGGUUGGCUAAGAUUGUUGACAUGUAAACUCCCAGCUAGCACAUAACGUUCUGAGAACCAUAUGUUUCUUAGAGUUUGGUGAGAGUGUGGUUGUCCUAUGGUUAUUUUGCAUACAACCUUCCCACAACGUUCUGCGUAUGGUGCAGGAUGCCCAGCUCAAUGACGCCAUGACACAAGAAAAUAUUAAUGUGUUUGGAUGAUUAAUGCCUAAGCAAAUUAAUUUCCAUGUGUCCUAUGUGUGCUUGGAGUUCACAGUUAACCUAAGCUAGCAGUGUUAUUAAAAGUCUAAUUGAAACAUGUUCUCAGAACGUUAUUUAAUUACCUUCAAAUAACCUUUAAUUUCCUGUCUUAUAAUGUUAAUAAAACCUCCCAGGAAAACUUUCAGGGAACCAUAGUAAAACUUUUUCUGCAACCUAAAAAUUCACGUUCCCAGAACAGGUGAAAUGUUCACUUCCGUUCUCAGAACAAUUAAAAAACGUUCAGUUUUACUAGUCAGGAAACACGUCUUCGUUCCCAAAACCAAUGGGAAACUAAAAACGUACAGUACGUUCCCACAACUUCCAAGGAACCAAAUGUGAUAGCUGGGCUAUAUUUAGUCUCAAUGUUUAUUGAAAACAUAAAUACAUUUGCACAAUGAGCGCUUGUUGUCUCUCAUGCAUUGUUACAGUUGUUGGUUAGCUAGCUAGAGAAUUUUAGCCAUACAGUGGCUUGCGAAAGUAUUCACCCCCCUUGGCAUUUUUCCUAUUUUGUUGCCUUACAACCUGGAAUUAAAAUCGAUUUUUGGGGGUUUUGUAUCAUUUGAUUUACACAACAUGCCUACCACUUUGAAGAUGCGAAAUAUUUUUUUUUGUAAAACAAACAAGAAAUAAGACAAAAAAAAACAGAAAAAUUGAGCGUGCAUAACUAUUCACCAAUCCCCCCCCCCCCCCCCCCAAAGUCAAUACUUUGUAAAGCCACUUAUUGCAGCAAUUACAGUAUCAAGUCUCUUCGGGGUAUGUCUCUAUAAGCUUGGCACAUCUAGCCACUGGGAUUUUUGCCCAUUCUUCAAGGCAAAACUGCUCCAGCUCCUUCAAGUUGGAUGGGUUCCGCUAGUGUACAGCAAUCUUUUAAGUCAUACCACAGAUUCUCAAUUGGAUUGAGGUCUGGGCUUUGACUAGACCAUUCCAAGACAUUUAAAUGUUUCCCCUUAAACCACUCGAGUGUUGCUUUAGCAGUACGCUUAGGGUCAUUGUCCUGCUGGAAGGUGAACCUCCGUCCCAGCCUAUAAUCUCUGGAACACUGAAACAGGUUUCCCUCAAGAAUUUCCCUGUAUUUAGCGCCAUCCAUCAUUCCUUCAAUUCUGACCAGUUUCCCAGUCCCUGCCAAUGAAAAACAUCCCCACAGCAUGAUGCUGCCACCACCAUGCUUCACUGUGGGGAUGGUGUUCUCUGGGUGAUGAGAGGUGUUGGGUUUGCGCCAGACAUAGCGUUUUCCUUGAUGGCCAAAAAGCUCAAUUUUAGUCUCAUCUGACCAGAGCACCUUCUUCCAUAUGUUUGGGGAGUCUCCCACAUGCCUUUUGGCGAACACCAAACGUGUUUGCUUAUUUUUUUCUUUAAGCAAUGACUUUUUUCUGGCCACUCUUCCGUAAAGCCCAGCUCUGUGGAGUGUACGGCUUAAAGUGAUCCUAUGGACAGAUACUCCAAUCUCUGCUGUGGAGCUUUGCAGCGUCAUCAGGGUUAUCUUUGAUCUCUUUGUUGCCUCUCUGAAUAUUGCCCUCCUUGCCUGGAUGCGUGAGUUCUGGUGGGCGGCCCUCUCUUGGCAGGUUUGUUGUGGUGCCAUAUUCUUUCCACUUUUUAAUAAUGGAUUUAAUCGUGCUCUGUGGGAUGUUCAAACAACUUUGUCCCUGACCUGUUUGGAGAGCUCCUUGGUAUUCAUGGUGCCGCUUGCUUGGUGGUGCCCCUUGCUUAGUGGUGUUGCAGACACUGGGGCCUUUCAGAACAGGUGUAUAUAUACUGGAUCAUGUGACAGAUCAUGUGACACCUAGAUUGCACACAGGUGGACUUUAUUGAACUAAUUAUGUGACUUCUGAAGGUAAUUGGUUGCACCAGAUCUUAUUUAAGGGCUUCAUAGCAAAGGGGGUGAAUACAUAUGCACGCACCACUUUUCCGUUAAUUAUUUGUUCGAAUAACAAGUUCUUUUUUUCAUUUCACUUCAUCAAUUUUGACUAUUUUGUGUAUGUCCAUUACAUGAAAUCCAAAUAAAAAUCAAUUUAAAUUACAAGUUGUAAUGCAACAAAGUAGGAAAAACGCCAAGGGGGAUUAAUACUUUUGCAAGGCACUGUAUCACAUAUAGGAAUAUCCUCCAGAUUUUUAAUUCCACAGUCAAUUCCUCAUUACUGUACUGUAUGCCAUGAGCUCUGUAACUAGAGUAUAUGUAACAAAAUAGUUUGAAAGGGAAGCAACCUGUACUGUAUCUUGCUAUAUUUGACCUCCCUACUCUGGCUCAUGUUGCUUCUCCUCAUGGUCUCACUGAGUCUCAAGUACAGUAUGUCUUUGCUCUACUGUUCCUUGCAAUAGUCUUCCAUUAAGUUUUAUGCUGCUCUUGACAUGCCAAACAAGGCAGGGCAUUGUCCUAUGUUCAACUGCAUUUCUCCACACUUUCUCUGAUCUUUUAUUCAUUGGAAAGCACUGUACUAAGUAUCUUUCAAGAUGUUCGACUGAAGAUUUCCUGAAAUUGCGUUCACAUAUUCAUGGGAGACGUUGCUGUUCAUGAUCUCAUGGGAAGCUCAAACAAUGUUGUCACCACAGCCUAGCGACGCAAUAGGAUUGGCAAGAGAUUGGCAGCUGAGUAUCCAAGUAAUGUUGGAGCCAAGUUAUGAGAUUAGAUUUAUGCAGUGCCUCGCCAUUAUCUAGUUACAUUUUGCAUGAAAGGCACCCUUUCCAAGUUUCCAGAAUGCUCUUUAGUCUGUCUUCUGAGGAAUAGGGGUGGGGGCCCAGUACCCUAAGUGAUUCCUGAAAAAGCAUACUCGCAGUAUCCUCUGAAGGCUGCAGGCAGGCAGCAGAGAGAGAGAGAGAGAGACAGUACUGGGGCUGUGAUAGAUGAGCCUCCCUGUCUAAUUUAGCCCGGUUGGCAUUGAGUGUCUGCUCCUCCAGGAUAUUACAGGGGAUGAUCAGGUCAGCUCCACUGUUAGGGCGUGUCCCAAAUGGCACCCUAUUCCCUUUAUCAGGAGUGGGCAAACGUUUUUUGCUUGCAGGACAGAAAAAGGGCAGUUAUUUGAAAAUAUAUAGGUCCAUUAUCAUUUCUACAUAAUUUCUAUCUGUUCUGAACAAAAAUGUAAACGCAAAAUGCCAAAAUGUCAACGAUUUUGCUGAGUUACAGUUCAUAUAAGGAAAUUGAAAUAAAUUCAUUAGGCCCUAAUCUAUGGAUUUCACAUGACUGUGCAGGGUCGCAGCCAUGGGUGGGCCUGGUAAGUCAUAGGCUCACCCACUGGGGAGCCAGGCCCAGCCAAUCAGACUGAGUUUUUCUCCACGAAAGGGCUUUUAUACAGCCAGAAAUACUUCUCAGUUUCAUCAGCUGUCCGGGUGGCUGGUCUCAGACGAUCCCGUAGGUGAAGAAGCCGGAUGUGGAGGUCCUGGGCUGGUGUGGUUACACGUGGUCUGCGGUUGUGAGGCCGGUUGGACAUAUUGCCAAAUUCUGUAAAACGAUUUAUGGUAGAGAAAUGAACAUUACAUUCGCUGGCAACAGCUCUGGUGGACACUCCUGCAGUCAACAUGCCAAUUGCACGCUGCUUCAAAACUUGAGACAUCUGUGACAAAACUGCACAGUGGCCUUUUACUGACUCCAGCACAAGGUGCACCUGUGUAAUGAUCAUGCUGUUUAAUCAGCUUCUUGAUAUUCCACACCUGUCAAGUGGAUGGAUUAUUUUGAAAUAAGCUUUUUGUGCGUAUAGAACAUUUCUGGGAUCUUUUAUUUCAGCUCAUGAAACAUGGGACUUUACACUUUGCAUGUUGCGUUUAUAUUUUUGUUCAGUGUAUUUUUAGAUGUUCAAGUGUGGCCUGGAGUGUUUUUUUUUACCCAAAAUAAUAUUUUUGCUUUUUUUCACUCCUGCCGGUCGGAUUGAAUGGGCUUGCGGGCUCUUCUCUCACCGAUGGUUAUGCUGAAAACAAAACCAAUGUUAGCACUUUCUCUUUAAUAACCCUUUUUUGCAAUGGGCUAAUAAAGGGACAAGCAGGAUGUGUUUUGGAAGUCUUAAAUUGGGUGUGAUACAAUAAUCUGGCACUGAUUAUUUGACUUUGUUGAUAAAAUUAUGAGUCAUUCUACAAUAAUUCACAUUCCUCUAUGGAUGAUACUUUUUGCAAAACAUCAAACAUAACCUUGACAAUUGAAGUGCAGGGCUUUUGAUUAUCUAGACUAUUGUCAGCCACUGAACAUGUAAUGAUGGAGAGAGUCCCUCUAGUGUACAGCUUUGGCGUUGCAGCCACAGCUGCCACACCCACCAACCGAAAGGGUGUUGCUUGUAAGCAGUAAGGGUUCUUGUUGUCUUUUGCUGAUAUUUCAAUGCAUGUGUCUCUGUACUUGAACCAGGUGCUGUACGUAUCAAGCAUCUCAAAGUAGAAGUGCUGAUCUAGGAUCAGGUCUCCUCUGUCCAUUCAUUAUAAUCUAAAAAUCUGCAGCACUACCAGUCUGACAUGCUCGAUACAUAUGGCCCCUGGUCUUGGUUUGUGUUGCAGGUGUGGCCCGGGUGGACUAUGGAGAUGUGUCCUCUCGUAAGACCCUGCGUGAAGCUCUGCAGUGUAAACCCUUCUCCUGGUACCUGGAGAACGUCUACCCCGACUCUCAGAUCCCCAGGAGAUACUACUCACUUGGUGAAGUAUGAAGUCUUUCAGAUACUGCAGCCCAAUGCACCUCUCAUGACCCUGGAUAAAUCCCAAAUGGCACCCUAUUCCCUAUACAGUGUACUACUUUUAACAUGGGCCAUAGGGAAUAGGGUGUCAUUUGCAACGCAGAUCAUGUGUUUGAUAUCAAAAGUGAGUCAGAAGACCUGGAUAUUCCAACCAUUGAAACUCGACGAUAAAUAACCUAAUGUGUUUAGUUGUGGUUUCAAACCCAAGCACAGGAUAGAGUUGGCUAACAACAUUCUAGAUAACAGGUUAGCACCAGGCAAAGAGGGGAAUGGUCUUGAUAACAUACAGUAUGCCAAUAAAAAAGGGAGGCCAUGAUUGAUAGAGAGCAUGUAAAAUAAUGUGACUGGUUGGGAGUUUGGAGAGAUGAGGUUGUAAUCCCCAAGUUGAAUUCUGCUGAGGCUUCAGGAUUUUACAGCCUACAUCCAAUGUACUGCAGUAAAAGCUGUCUAUGGCAUGGAACUACAGCAGCAGCAGCAGCACCCUCAGUCUUCCCUUCCCCUCUCCUGCCCUCCCGCCGUCAGCUCCAUGAUUGACUCACUCCGUAGCACACGUCCCACUUUUAACAGCCCUAGUCAUUAGCUUUUAUAUCAUUUAAUUAGGAACGAUACCAUUCCUGCAUAGUAAGCAGGUUAUACAACACCUAGCAUAUAGAGCAUGCCCAGCCUCUAUGAGUAUGUUAGUUAGAUAUUAGAUGGCUCAUUAAAUAAUAAUUUGGGGUGGGAACUUGCGGUAAUACUUAGAUCACCACAGAUCUGAUUUAUGCAGCCAUUUGCGUUGCUAAGCACGGUCCCUAAUUAUGACUUACAUCACUGGUGAAAUAUAGGUAAUGAGUUUAGAUUGCUUGUUUUAUUGAACAGUAAAUAUUUAAUUAGAUUUGACAUCUGGGCCACAGAGACAAGAAGCAGGGGCUUUUAAUUUUGUCACCUGGAAAUUAAGUGCCAGUGUUUGAUGAGAGGGACGCCAUUUCUUCUUCCUCUAUAAGCAGUGGCUUUUGUUAGCUGUAAAUAUUCCAGGGUGGAUGGAAGGAUGGUAAUUAUGAAUCCAAUGUUUUUUUUACUCCUUUCUACCCCUAGAUCAGAAAUGUUGAAACAAACCAGUGUGUGGACAACAUGGGUAGAAAGGAAAACGAGAAAGUUGGCUUCUUCAACUGCCAUGGCAUGGGUGGGAAUCAGGUAAGGAGACCGCAGAAAGAGGAGAGAGCUAUAGAGUUAGUCUUGCAAAAUACCUUUCCCAAAGUUCCUAGGUUUUCCAGAAAUCCCAAUUGGAAGAUUCACUGAAUCAGGAGGGAAUUAGCAGGAAAUCCACAAUCCUCAAGCAAGGAUUUCUAGAAAACCUCAGAAUUGUGGAAAGUUACCAGAAUUAGUCCUGUCUGAAUCUGCCAUGUCAGUAAUUUAUGCUUGUUAGGAAGGUUAUUAUCCCAGCCCUAAAAACCUACUGUUGUCUGGCAAACUCCCAGGUCCUCUGAUAAUACUUAUCCCGUGCAAAUCGUCAUCCCUGUGUUUUGAGGGAUAUUACAGAGUUUAACAGGUGCUGCACCCAGUUUGGGUAAGAACAUGGGAACAAAUUGAUGCUUAAAACAAAAUGCUAUGCACGUAGCCUACAGACAAAUGAUCUGUUUUGUCACAUAUCAACGUUCCAGUGCCAUACUUCUCUUUAAAAGAUGAAGUGGAUGAUAUUGUGCCAGUGAAGUGAUAAAUUGCCAAAUACGUCAGGCAAUUAAAAUGUCUGCAUAGGUUAGAGUUCAGGGUUCUUAUUGACAUGCAUUAUUAUUUUGAUUUUCACCGAACUGAAGGCCAUUAGGCCAAUAUUAGGCUAUCCCUAGACAUUUGAAAUAUCUUCACGCCUAAAAGAGCCUCCAGGAUUCUGUCAUAACGGUCAAUUUUGAAUGAGGAAAAAAAAAAAAAAAAAACAGGGGCAGUUUGGUAAAACUAAUCCUGUCCGAAUCGUCCACUGGAAAAACGGAUAUGCUGUUGUAAUAAUUAUCAGAACCAACCUUCUAUAGUAAUACUAGCCCAGUGCGAAUAGGGCUUAGGAGAGAGACUAGUAGGUAUAUGACCGUCUCGUUUUCUCUGCCAGGUGUUCUCGUACACGGCUGAUAAGGAGAUCCGGACAGAUGACCUGUGUCUGGACGUGUCUCGUCCCCAUGGCCCUGUGGUCAUGCUGAAGUGUCAUCAAAUGAAGGGGAAUCAGAUGUUUGAGUAUGACGCAGAGGUAAGACCAAGACUCCUCCUGUAUUGUACUGUGUGAGUCUUGACAGGAGUGUUGUAACUGGGAUUAUGACGCCUUUGCCACACACUGAUUGUCCUGAGGAAUUUCUUCACUAUUACAUAGCAAGAGAUUUCAUAUUUAUAAUGACACACCUGUACUAAUACAUAAAAAACGUAUUUUGUAAAAAAUGUUAUGAUUGUUUUGAGCCACCAGAGGGUGGUACAUGUCAGGAGUUGGGCUUCUGUUCAAAUCCUGAACAAUAGCCAUCAUUCUGUUACGCUGUGCACAUUGCAGCCCAUAAUAUUCCCCAUUUAUUAAAAAUGUUCUUAUCUGAUGCAGUAUGUUGGCAAGUGGGAAUAUGAUUUUGAGGUAAGCUUGCUGACCUGGUUCUCAUGAAUGUUGUCAUCUAGUUAAGGUAGACAGUGUAUAUACUGUAAGUCCUGUGUUUGGUAGGUAGUAGUAUAUUGUGCUUAGUGGUUGUAAGGCCAGUGUUUCUCUCAUUAGUCUGUGAAGUCCUGUGUGACGUUAUGUUAGUAGUCAAUAGGAGUGUUCAUGUUAAUGCACUGGGGAAUGUGACCUGUUAGCCAGACCAGGGGACCGAUCAGAUUCCACUGUCCAGUUAUGAACCUAAUGAAAUGUGAGUCCCACACUGCACUCCACUGACUCAGACAUAGUUGCAAAAUUCCAGUAACUUUCCCAAAAUUCCCUGGUUUUUCAGAAAUCCUGGGUGGAAGAUUCCUGGAAUUUUGGGAAAGUUACUGGAAUUUUGCAACCAAAUGACAGUAAUGUUAGACACUACUGAAUGGCCCAUUAUAUUCCAACAGAUUGGUUUUCAUUUCAAUGAUCCAGGACUGAAUAGUACACUCCUAGAUACAGUUGAAGUCGGAAGUUUACAUACACCUUAGCCAAAUACAUUUAAACUCUGUUUUUCACAAUUCCUGACAUUUAAUCCUAGUAAAAAUUCCCUGUCUUAGGUCAGUUAGGAUCACCACUUUAUUUUAAGAAUGUGAAAUGUCAGAAUAAUAGUAGAGAGAAUGAUUUAUUUCAGCUUUUAUUUCUUUCAUCACAUUCCCAGUGGGUCAGAAGUUUACAUACACUCAAUUAGUAUUUGGUAGCAUUGCCUUUAAAUUGUUUAACUUGGGUUAAACGUUUCGGGUAGCCUUCCACAAGCUUCCCACAAUAAGUUGGGUGAAUUUUGGCCCAUUCCUCCUGACAGAGCUAGUGUAACUAAGUCAGGUUUGUAGGCCUCCUUGCUAGCACACGCUUUUUCAGUUCUGCCCACAAAUGUUCUAUAGGAUUGAGGUCAGGGCUUUGUGAUGGCCGCUCCAAUACCUUGACUUUGUUGUCCUUUGUUGCCACCCCCGUGCUUCACGGUUGGGAUGGUGUUCUUCGGCUUGCCACAACUUUGGAUGUAUGCUAGGGGUCAUUGUCCAUUUGGAAGACCCAUUUGCGACCAAGCUUUAACUUCCUGACUGAUGUCUUGAGAUGUUGCUUCAAUAUAUCCACAUAAUUUUCCUUCCUCAUGAUGCCAUCUAUUUUGUGAAAUGCACUAGUCCCUCCUGCAGCAAAGCACCCCCACAGCAUGAUGCUGCCACCCCUGUGCUUCACGGUUGGGAUGGUGUUCUUCGACUUGCAAGGCACCCCCUUUUUCCUCCAAACAUAACGAUGGUCAUUAUGGCCGAAUAGUUCUAUUUUUGUUUCAUCAGACCAGAGGACAUUUCUCCAAAAAGUACGAUCUUUGUCCCCAUGUGCAGUUGCAAACCGUAGUCUGUCUUUUUUAUGGCGGUUUUGGAGCAGUGGCUUCUUCCUUGCUGAGCGGCCUUUCAAGUAAUGUCGAUAUAGGACUUGUUUUACUGUGGAUAUAGAUACUUUUGUGCAGUGGGGAAAAAAAGUAUUUAGUCAGCCACCAAUUGUGCAAGUUCUCCCACUUAAAAAGAUGAGAGAGGCCUGUAAUUUUCAUCAUAGGUACACGUCAACUAUGACAGACAAAAUGAGAGAAAAAAAAUCCUGAAAAUCACAUUGUAGGAUUUUUUAUGAAUUUAUUUGCAAAUUAUGGUGGAAAAUAAGUAUUUGGUCAAUAACAAACGUUUCUCAAUACUUUGUUAUAUACCCUUUGUUGGCAAUGACACAGGUCAAACGUUUUCUGUAAGUCUUCACAAGGUUUUCACACACUGUUGCUGGUAUUUUGGCCCAUUCCUCCAUGCAGAUCUCCUCUAGAGCAGUGAUGUUUUGGGGCUGUCGCUGGACAACAAGGACUUUCAACUCCCUCCAAAGAUGUUCUAUGGGGUUGAGAUCUGGAGACUGGCUAGGCCACUCCAGGACCUUGAAAUGCUUCUUACGAAGCCACUCCUUCGUUGCCCGGGCGGUGUGUUUGGGAUCAUUGUCAUGCUGAAAGACCCAGCCACGUUUCAUCUUCAAUGCCCUUGCUGAUGGAAGGAGGUUUUCACUCAAAAUCUCACGAUACAUGGCCCCAUUCAUUCUUUCCUUUACGCGGAUCAGUCUUCCUGGUCCCUUUGCAGGAAAACAGCCCCAAAGCAUGAUGUUUCCACCCCCAUGCUUCACAGUAGGUAUGGUGUUCUUUGGAUGCAACUCAGCAUUCUUUGUCCUCCAAACACGACGAGUUGAGUUUUUACCAAAAAGUUAUAUUUUGGUUUCAUCUGACCAUAUGACAUUCUCCCAAUCCUCUUCUGGAUCAUCCAAAUGCACUCUAGCAAACUUCAGACGGGCCUGGACAUGUACUGGCUUAAGCAGGGGGACACGUCUGGCACUGCAGGAUUUGAGUCCCUGGCGGCGUAGUGUGUUACUUUGGUCCCAGCUCUCUGCAGGUCAUUCACUAGGUCCCCCCCGUGUGGUUCUGGGAUUUCUGCUCACCGUUCUUGUGAUCAUUUUGACCCCAUGGGUGAGAUCUUGCGUGGAGCCCCAGAUCGAGGGAGAUUAUCAGUGGUCUUGUAUGUCUUCCAUUUCCUAAUAAUUGCUCCCACAGUUGAUUUCUUCAAACCAAGCUGCUUACCUAUUGCAGAUUCAGUCUUCCCAGCCUGGUGCACAAUGUGUCUACAAUGUGUCUACAAUUUUGUUUCUGGUGUCCUUUGACAGCUCUUUGGUCUUGGCCAUAGUUGAGUUUGGAGUGUGACUGUUUGAGGUUGUGGACAGGUGUCUUUUAUACUGAUAACAAGUUCAAACAGGUGCCAUUAAUACAGGUUACGAGUGGAGGACAGAGGAGCCUCUUAAAGAAGAAGUUACAGGUCUGUGAGAGCCAGAAAUCUUGGUUGUUUGUAGGUGACCAAAUACUUAUUUUCCACCAUAAUUUGCAAAUAAAUUCAUAAAAAAUCCUACAAUGUGAUUUUCUGGAUUUUCUUUUCUCAAUUUGUCUGUCAUAGUUGACGUUUACCUAUGAUGAAAAUUACAGGCCUCUCUCAUCUUUUUAAGUGGGAGAACUUGCACAAUUGGUGGCUGACUAAAUACUUUUUUUCCCCACUGUACCUGUUUCCUCCAGCAUCUUCACAAGGUCCUUUGCUGUUGUUCUGGGAUUGAUUUCUCUAGGAGACAGAACGCGUCUCCUUCCUGAGCGGUAUGACGGCUGCGUAGUCCCAUGGUGUUUAUACUUGCACACUAUUGUUUGUACAGAUGAACGUGGUACCUUCAGGCGUUUGGAAAUAGCUCCCAAGGAUGAACCAGACUUGUGGAGGUCUACCAUUUUUUUUCUGAGGUCUUGGCUGAUUUCUUUUUAUUUUCCCAUGAUGUCAAGCAAAGAGGGACUAAGUUUGAAGGUAGGCCUUGAAAUACAUCCAAAGGUACACCUCCAAUUGACUCAAAUGAUGUCAAUUAGCCUAUCAGAAGCUUCUAAAGCCAUGAAUUUUCCAAGCUGUUUAAAGGCACAGUCAACUUAGUGUAUGUAAACUUCUGACCCACUGGAAUUGUGAUACAGUGAAUUAUAAGUGAAAUAAUCUGUCUGUAAACAAUUGUUGGAAAAAUUACUUGUGUCAUGCACAAAGUAGAUGUCUUAACUGACUUGCCAAAACUAUAGUAUGUUAACAGGAAAUGUGUGGAGUGGUUGAAAAACGAGUUUUCAUGACUCCAACCUAAGUGUAUGUAAACUUCCGACAUCAACUGUAUCUCCAUAAUAUAUCUAUCAUGCAAAUCAUCUAUUCUAGUACAAGUGCCAUUUUGAUGUGCAUCAGACUUUGAAACAGGUAGCACCAACAAUAAAGCAUUUGAAUUCCCAUAGGGAAAAUGUAGGCCAUGACAAUUGUGUAUUCUCAAAGUAGCCUUAAUAUGAACAAUUAAUAUAAAUAUAUUUCUUCCACUCAACUGUAUCUCCAUAAUAUAUCUAUCAUGCAAAUCAUCUAUUCUAGUACAAGUGCCAUUUUGAUGUGCAUCAGACUUUGAAACAGGUAGCACCAACAAUAAAGCAUUUGAAUUCCCAUAGGGAAAAUGUAGGCCAUGACAAUUGUGUAUUCUCAAAGUAGCCUUAAUAUGAGCAAUUAAUAUAAAUAUAUUUCUUCCACUGGGACACAUUCAUAUGUUCUACCUGCUCGAUUAUGGUGUCACCUGUCAGUGAUUAAGAUCUCUCAUGUCACUGUUAACUUUGAAAAGCUCCCAUCUAUUCCUGUACAACCCCUGGGAGAGAUCCAGCUAUUACGCUUUUUACUUUAGUUAUAUAUGUAAUAUGAAACAUGAAUAAUUCAUGUCCCUGACAUAUACAGGGGUGGGGUUCCAAUGCCACUGUCAAUGGCCUGGUUAUUUUUAGCAACAGUGUGAUGGGCGAUACUGCUGAUCCCAGCUGUACCAUUAACAUUUCAUAUGGUCAUAAAUUUCAGCAUCGUAGAGAGAGAAAUACCUGACUUUUACAUAUUCUCCAUAUUCCAGGUGGUCAGAGCCUGUGCUUGAAGUGGACUGAAUUAGGUGUCAGUACUCACUUUGGGUACUCGUUUAUAUUAAGGUGCAAAAACGCUGCAAUAUUUUAAAGCCAGUACUCAAGCAGUAGAACAUUUGACUUGCCGGUACUCAGUACCAUUGUGUACCGGACCAAUUCAAGCACUGGUCAGAGCCAUCUCUCUACUCACCUCUAUUCUCAAUACCUCCCUGCUCAUCUUUUAGGACUGUAGAAUAUCAGUCCCACCACACCACAAGUCCCAUCCACUUCUAUCAAACUAGGAAAUCUGGUUGAAGAUUUUCUGAUUGUUGGCAAAGUUGGUUCCAUUCUGAGCAACACUCCAACAUGGUCCAACUGUAACCUUUGUCCUCCAUUAGAUGGGUUGUGUAGCAUUGUGUUUUUUUUGGAAUGGAAGUAUACAGUACUGUUGAUGAUCUUGUUGGUCCUGCCUGGCCUGAGUCCUGGCUCUGUCCUAGCGAUUCUCACUCACUCCCAUCUCCUCUUGUCCAUCCAUGACAUGUCCGUCCUCCAUCCGGAUGUCCAUCCGCAGAAGCACACGUUCCUCCACAUCAUCACCCAGUCGUGUCUGACCAUCAGCAGGCUGGAGGACGGUACUUGGGGCCCCACGGUGGAGUACUGUAAUAGUAGCCCCUUGCAAACCUGGGUCCUGAGGAACUUCACCCGGCUGGAGGUGUUUAGGAAGCUGUACUACAGCCCAACUGAUUACAUUCUGUAGGGGCUGUCUUCCUGCAUGGGCCACCGCAGGUCAGUACUGUACUAUCUAGUGGAGGUCCUAGUGUGUAGUAGCCUAGUGCGUAGUGGUCUAGUGUGCCAAGAAAAUUAGCCCGUCCUGCUAUAUCUCUGCUCACCAGCCACCACUGGUGUAGUUGGCUAGUGUGUAAUCGUCUAGUCUAGUGUGUAGUAUCUAGUCUGUAGAGCUGGAGUUGUGUGACUGUGGUGGAAUAGGCUGUCACGUUGCUUUAGUAAGCAGCUUUUUACCUCACAGAAUGUUUGUUUUAAUUUCUUUUGCCUCAGCCUUGACAUGCUCUUCUUGGAGCUUGAGCUUGUUGAGAUUCUGAACUUUUCCGUUGUUAGUAAAAGUGUGCCAUGCAAAGCAGUUUCAAAGGCAUUUAGUAGCGAUUACCACUGACCUUUUGAUAUGAAUGCAUAAUGACAGGAACACAGAGACACAUAAGGCAAUAGUAGACGUCCCUCGACAGCUCUAGAUGGUGCUGUAUACAUGGCGCUAUCUGCAAGACCUUUAUCCAGCCUUCUUCCGCACCAAAUUAGAUGUAAUUUUACAUUUAUUUUCCUACAUUAAUAUUUUAUUUUGAUACAAAAAAAUCACUGGCUGUGGCCCCUCAUACAGCGGUCCUCAUUAAAUGAGAAUUGAGGAGACAAGGUCCUUUUUAUUUUUAGCUGAUUAUCUAGCUAUUUGAUGGGCAGAUUGAAAUGGGCUCGCCUUUGUUUACAAGUUCCUUUGAAGUGAUCCUCUUUCAUGGCGCUGGCCUUGGGAAAGUGAGGGCUGCAUUUUGAACACACUCCAUAACAGCUGUGUUCAGCUUGCAGCAUGUUCUCAUUGUCUGAGGACUGAAUUUCAAUCACCACUCCUCAUUUCCAUUUGACCUAUCCAUAUACUAAAUCUAGUCUGGAUGCUCGAUGCAAGUAACUACUGUCUUCAGUUUGAUAUAUGUAUUGUCAGUCCCUUAACUUUAGCCAGUUGCCUCUUUCCAGUACCUCUGUAAUUCAUUGGAGUUUAUUUGUCUGUUAAACAGUCUGUGUUUGCCUGAUAAUGACCAUAUUCAUGGCUGUGUGCUCUCCUUUUCAGACUACUGUUGGUUAAAUUGGGGGAGUUGCGUUCAGGGUUAUUGCUGUUUGUAAACGUGACGGUGCUAGUGCAGCCUGCUGUCAGAUGGCCUUAUUCCGUGUUCUGUUCCUACCAUGUUCACUGUCCUUGAGAGUAGCACUGCAAGACACUCUCUGAACACAAUUAGACAGUGGGUGCGUCUCAAAUGCCACCCUAUGCCCUUUAUAGUGCACUACUUUUGACCAAAGCUCUAUCAGGCUCUGGUCAAAUGUAGAGCACUAUAAAGGGAAUAAGAUGCCAUUUGGGAUUCAUCCACAGUUUUCUAUCUGAUCGUCGCCUGCUCCCUCAAAUGGCAAAAUGCCAAGAAACACAUUUCCAUUAAAUCUGUUGGUACGGUGUUGAUUUUUUGUUACAUGCCAGCCUCUGUUUUUAAGCGUUGUUAGUGUCAGCACAAACACACAUUUUAAAAGAGAUCCUGCAUCUGUCAGUGAGUCCGGUCGUCGACUCUUCUUUGUGAAUGACAAAGAGGAUAAAUGUUCUUCACCCUGGGCUGACUCCUAGAAACCAUCUUCAUUUAAUUAGCAGGUCUCAGCUGUGCACACACACGGCACAGAGCUCAUGAGCCACUCUCUGGGACUGCCUCUGCUGUAAUGGGAGUUUUUACUGCCUCUGGGACUGCCUCUGCUGUAAUGGGAGUUUUUACUGCCACUGGGACUGCCUCUGCUGUAAUGGGAGUUUUUUUGCCACUGAGGAGCAAUUAAAUAAUUAUAAGCAGAGGACCCCCCACAUUUCUAAUAUUUUAAUUAAAUAUGGAUUGGUUUUCCUCUGUACUUCUUACUCUCUUUUCUGCACUGUAGAAUGGUGGGAUCUUUCAGAGAUGGCAGAAAUAGCACCUUCAUCAUUGCCCUAGCUAUGUUCUUAUGAUUAAUAAAUAAGCUUUAGUGUAGUGGUUCAUACUUGACCUUACCAUCAGGUACGGGACUAUAAUGGCAGAUAUUACAAUUCUGGCUUGAUAAUGUAAUAUUAUUUGAACAGGUAUGGUUUUGAGGACAUCAAUACAUGAAUAUAUUUUAUUCAUUUAAAAAAGCAGAACAUUGUAUUAUUAUUUAUUUUUUUAAACCUUUGACUGUUAAGUGCACCAAAACCUGCCUGAGUGGUUUAACUGUAAUGCCUUGUUCAUCUCCCCUCGAGUGAAGUAAUAGUACAAAACACACAGAGAGAACAGAGAUAAAGAUAGUGGAGAGUGUGUGUGUAAUGGUCUCUGUCAGUGGUGCUUUGAAUGCAGGUAGAGUUUAUUAAGCUUUACCUCACUUCCCAAAAACAAACAGUGGACAAUCAGAUACAUUCAAACCAUCUUGAUUUGUCCUACCCAUUCAAAACAUAAAGGCUGAAUACAGAACUGAAAACGAACUCUAUAACUUCAGGAUAAUCAUUGCCUGAAAGUCAAAGACAAUAAUUGCUGCAAAUUCAAUGUAUUCAGCUACAGUAUGUGGACCAUUUUAACAUUUUUGAUUCAGUGCGUUCUUAGUCAUGACUAAAACCUAAUGGCCUGAUUACAAUGAAGACACGGCACCUGCGGGUUACCUCCAGGUUACCGCUGGAUUUCUUAAUACGCUGCUAACGGGAGAUUACAUGGUGCUCCGUGCUAAAAUAACCCUGGUUGCAAUGAAGAAGCAGCGGAAUAAAACUAGUAAACCAGCUGAUCUGACACUGUUACGGUGUCAAGCCGGCUUAAUACUAGACAGCGGAAAUGGCAUGGGAAAUGGUCAUUUUCUGCGUUCCCUACUCCCACCCCAAUGAAGAAACAUCCUAUCAGGGACAACAAAAUCGAAAGAUGAAAAAGAUAAAUGCAAGAAUGUGACAUAUUACAAUGAUUCGACUGAUGAUUAUAACUUUGCGAAAAUAAAGUAAUUGAAGACCAACUUUUAGCACAUUGUAAAUUAAAGUGAUAUGGAUUGCAGAAACGUGUGAUAGACAAUUGAAAUGUCAUUAUUAGAUGAAGCUCUUUGCAUCUAUUUCUUUGAAUAACGACUUCUAAAUAAUAAGAAAUUACUCUACCUAACACAUUUCUUUUCAAUUCAGACAUUAUUUCUUCAAUAAAGUACCAUGGCCAAGACCAUGGCAUUGGGUUUAUGAACUGAUAUACAAACAACAAUUGACGCAUCAAUCCAUUCUUUUCAAUUUAAACUAUUAUAUCAAAUUUUCACCACAAAAUUAAAGCUCAACAUAUGGGGCAUUGAACAGUCAGCCCUGUGCAGACUCUGCCACGAGGAAACAGAAUCAAUAGAUCAUCUCAUCAAGUCAUAGUCUGUGUUCAGCAGGACCUACAAACAGUACUGUCAAAAGAUCUGAAAAACCACGAUCAAUCAAUGGGAAAUAUGAUUAUACUCUUAGGUAAAGUAUUUAUUUUUAGGGCAAUCUCAGUAGAAAUGGUACAAAUAGAGGUUCAAGACCCUUGUAAGAUAUCAUAGUAAAAUAGAAGAAUGUAUUGCAAAAGGAAAUAGUAAAAUGGUAGUGGACUGGGAAAGAUGGGUUAGGCUGUGGGUUGAAAUUAAGAUUGGAGUGAGUGAUUGAUUGAUUUUCCGACACACUUGUAGUCCAGUGUGAUUAGGAAAUAAACUAUGUAUGUAUGUAUGUGCAUUUUUAUGUUUUCCACCAAGUCCAACCAGGGGAGAGGGGGAUAGGGGCAUAAAAAAUAUAUACCGGUCAAAAAUUUCAGAACAACUACACAUUCAAGGGAUUUUCUUUAUUUUUACUAUUUUCUACAUUGUAGAAUAAUAGCGAAGAUAUCAAAACUAUUAAAUAACACAUAUGGAAUCAUGUAGUAACCAGAAAAGUGUUAAACAAAUCAAAAUAUAUUUUAUAUUUAAGAUUCUUCAAAUAGCCACCCUUUGCCUCUGAUAUAAAGUCGUUUUUUUUCAAAGUUGACGAGAUGACACAUGCGUCCACUUAUCAGUGCAUUCGUAACUACUUAAAUAACCAUUAUGAAACUUCUAUUAGAUCAAAUAAGUCUCACGUAGCAAAUUUGCAAUUCCAUUUUUUGUUGACCAAAUUCGACGCUCAUUGACCGCCAUACAAAAAUGUGUCACUUUGUGGUCUUAUUUUCAUGGACAGAUUUUGGGCGGCGUAAACCGCUUUGCCUAUUCCUCUCUGGUUGCAAUCAGGACUAAAAGAUAACCCCGACAUCCACAUUAUGGAGCGAUAAAUCAGUGGUGGAUGAUGGUUGCAAUUAAGAUCAGCUGUGCGGGUAAUUUUAACGCGUAUUUAUGGUUUAACGAAAGAUCAGCUGGCGAUAAUCAAGUGGCCAAUGUUAGUUGCAAUUGGCCCCAUUUAGGCAACUAAUGAUUUUCCAUUUAAUUUGAUGGUAACAAUGCAUGUGCUUCUCAGUUACUCUACAGGAAAAUCAAUCAACCAAUCAAUGAAAGAUUUUAUAAAGCACUUUUUACAUCAGAAGUUGUCACACAGUGCUUUACAGUUACCUGGCCUAGACCCCAAAGAGCAAGCAAAGCAGAGGUGUGAGCACAGUGGACAGGAAAAACUCCCUAGAAGGAAACUCAUUGCAUUUGAUCCAACCCAUUAGCAAUAGGACUGGAGAAUAUGGAUUCUAGCAUUCUGUCAAACUAUGAUGCAAAAUCAAUGCUUAAGUUUAAAUGAUAAACCAACUCCCUGCGUCAUUUGUUUUAGCAGACUGAAGUUAGUGUCACGAAUACCGCCAAGGCUGCUCCUCCUCCUUGUUCGGGCAGGCUUCGGCGUUCGUCGUCCCCGGAGUACUAGCUGCCACCGUUUGAUGUUUUCGAUGUUUGUUUGGUCUAGUUUAGUGCACCUGUUUCGUAUUCUGUCCUGAUUAUGUCACCUAUAAGUUUCCCUGUGUUAUGUUUUGUAGUUGUGUGUUAUUGUCCGCCUGUCGUUUUGUUGUGAGGUUCGGUACUUUUGUUUAUGAGUGUUUUACGCAUUUCGCGUAUCAGUUCGCCUCCGUUGUUUCGAGGCCAUUUAGUUUUGUAUCUUGUUCAAUUACUUCAGUAUAGUCGUUUUGACUUAUCCGCUGCUGUGUCCUGCGCCUGACUUCACCACCGCAUCCACAUCAGUAUCGUGACAGAAUAACACACCUGAAUACUAUAGAGUCAGCAGGAGCAGCGGCGGUAACCGAGUCGCUUGAGGAUCGGGUCAGCUGCCAGGACGCCAGGAUCCAGCAACUCGGAUCCGCUAUGCAAGAAGUAAUGAACACCCUGCGCCGAUGGGAGAGAGGAGGCUUGCCCACACCUCCUCCUACCGUACCACCACCAUCGGUCAGCUCCACCAUACCAGCUCCGGAGUCCAGUGGUAUUCGGCUCUCGCUCCCGAGGGCAUAUGAUGGCACCGCAGCCGGGUGUCAGGGGUUCCUCCUUCAAGUGGAACUCUACCUGGCAACCAUACACCCGGCGCCCUCGGGAUACGAGAGCGUUUCCGCCCUCAUCCCCUGUCUCUCCGGCAAGGCGUUGCAGUGGGCCAAUGCCGAAUGGAGGGGAAUAGACGUCGCCACCAUCAGCUACGCAGAGUUCUCCCGCCGCUUCAGGGCUGUUUUCGAUCAUCCCCCUGAGGGUAAAGCGGCGGGGGAGCGUCUGUUCCACCUUCGACAGGGGAAGAGGAGCGCACAGGAGUUCGCCCUGGACUUCCGGACUCUAGCGGCGGAUGCAGGGUGGAAUGAGAGGGCCCUCAUCGACCACUAUCGGUGUAGCCUGCGUGAGGACGUUCGACGAGAGUUGGCCUGCAGGGACACCAAUCUAACCUUCGACCAGCUGGUGGACAUGUCCAUCCGUCUGGAUACCCUGCUGGCCACCCACGGACGUCCAGAGUUGGGGCCGUCCAUUCCAUCCCCCAGCACCUCCGAGCCGAGCCCUAUGGAGCUCGGGGGUGCUGGCGCUAGAGAGAGGAGGAGAGAGAUUCCGAGGGAGGCCGUCCCCUGCACCAACUGUGGUCGUAGAGGACACACUGCGGCUAGGUGCUGGGGAGGGUCUCCAGGGGUUCGAGGCAACAGGUUGCGCACUGGGGAGUCAUUCCAGGUGAGUAGGCGCCCAACUCACCCAGAGCUCUCUGUUGUUCACUUUUGUAUACCUGUAGUAUUUCCUCAGGUUGCAUCUCAGUCCCAGCAUAAGGCGCUAGUCGAUUCAGAGCGCAGCUGGGAAUUUCAUUGAUCGUCAUUUUUGUGUGAGGUUAGGGAUUCCCCUCCUGCCCGUUGAUGCACCCUUCCCUAUCCAUGCCCUAGAUAGCCGUCCGUUGGGAUCUGGGUUGAUUAGGGUGGUCACAGCGCCACUUAAGAUGAGGACGCAGGGGGGUCAUGAAGAGAUUAUUCAGUUGUAUCUGAUCGACUCUCCUGCGUAUCCCGUGGUACUGGGGCUUCCUUGGUUAAUCGCCCAUGACCCCACCAUUUUGUGGCAACAGAGGGCUCUCAAGGAGUGGUCUAACCAGUGUGUCGGGCGAUGUUUAGGUGUUUCCGUAGGGGCGACCACAGUGGAGAGUCCGAACCAGGUGCCCGCAAUGCACAUUCCCCCCGAGUAUGAGGAUUUGGCACUCGUGUUCAGCAAGACUAGGGCGACGCGAUUGCCACCUCAUAGACGGGGAGAUUGUGCGAUAGACCUCCUGGCAGGUGCGGCACUUCCGCGGAGCCAUGUGUAUCCCUUGUCUCAAGAGGAGACGGCGGCUAUGGAGACGUACAUAGCCGAGUCUCUGAGACAGGGUAACAUACGGCCCUCCACUUCCCCUGUGUCCUCGAGUUUCUUUUUUGUGAAGAAAAAGGAUGGAGGGUUGCGCCCGUGUAUUGAUUACCGUAAUCUCAAUCAGAUCACUGUUAAAUACAGUUAUCCUCUUCCUCUGAUUGCGAGUAUGACGGAAUCAUUACGCGGAGCACGUUUCUUCACAAAACUGGAUCUCAGGAGCGCUUACAACUUGGUGCGCAUUAGGGAGGGAGAUGAAUGGAAGACAGCAUUUAGUACCACCUCGGGUCAUUAUGAGUAUCUCGUCAUGCCAUACGGGUUAAUGAAUGCUCCUUCAGUCUUCCAAUCCUUUGUGGACGAGAUCUUCCGGGACUUGCAUGGGCAGGGUGUGGUCGUGUACAUUGACGACAUUCUAGUGUACUCUUCUACACGAGCCGAGCAUGUAGCCCUGGUACGCCGAGUGUUGGGUAGGCUGUUGGAGCAUGACUUCUAUGUCAAGGCAGAGAAAUGUCUGUUUUUCCAGGAGUCCAUCUCCUUCUUGGGUCAUCGGUUGUCCGCGUCAGGGGUGGAGAUGGAGAUUGACCGUGUGUCAGCCGUGUGUAAUUGGCAGACUCCAACCACUGUUAAAGAGGUGCAACGGUUUUUGGGUUUUGCCAAUUACUACCGGAGGUUUAUCCGGGGUUUUGGACAGGUGGCAGCUCCCAUCACUUCCCUGCUGAAGGGGGGCCCGGUGCGUUUGCAGUGGUCGGCUGAGGCGGACAGGGCGUUUGAUAAACUGAAGAACCUGUUCACCUCGGCUCCGGUGCUGGCGCAUCCGGACCCCGCUUUAGCAUUCCAAGUGGAGGUGGACGCGUCAGAGGCCGGUAUUGGGGAAGUAUUGUCUCAACGCUCAGGCACGCCUCCUAAACAGCGGAACGAAAUUAUGACGUAGGGGACAGGGAGCUGCUAGCCGUAGUUCAGGCCCUAAAGGUGUGGAGGCAUUGGCUUGAGGGGGCUCAACACCCUUUUCUCAUUCUGACUGACCAUCGUAACCUGGAGUACAUCCGGGCAGCUAGGAGACUGAACCCUCGUCAGGCUAGGUGGAACAUGUUUCUGACCCGGUUUGUUUUUAAGCUUACUUACAUCCCAGGGUCCCAGAACGGUAAGGCAGACGCCCUGUCCCGGCGGUAUGACACAGAGGAGAGGUCCAUUGAGCCCACUCCCAUACUGCCGGAGUCUUGUCUGGUGGCACCGGUGGUGUGGGAGAUCGAUACGGAAAUUGAGCGGGCGUUCCGCACCGACCCUACUCCUCCGGAGUGUCCAGUGGGGCGGACGUACGUGCCGUUCGAGAUCCGCGAUGGUCUCAUAUAUUGGGCUCACACGUCACCCUCCUCUGGACAUCGAGGUAUUGGCCGGACAGUGCACUGCCUUAGUGUUAAGUACUGGUGGCCAACAUUGGCUAGGGACGUGAGGGUUUAUGUCUCCUCCUGCCCAGUGUGCGCCCAGUGUAAGGCGCCUAGACACCUGCCCAGGGGGAAGUUACAGCCCCUGCCCGUUCCACAACGGCUGUGGUCUCACCUCUCGGUAGACUUUGUCACUGACCUACCCCCCUCCCAGGGUAAUACCACUAUUCUGGUCGUUGUGGAUCGGUUCUCUAAGGCCUGUCGUCUCAUCCCAAUGCCGGGUCUCCCUACUGUCCUACAGACCGCUGAGGCUUUGUUUACCCACGUCUUCCGGCACUACGGGGUUCCCGAGGAUAUAGUGUCCGAUCGAGGUCCCCAAUUCACCUCUAGAGUCUGGAGGGCGUUCAUGGAACGUUUGGGGGUCUCGGUUAGCUUUACCUCAGGUUUUCACCCUGAGAGUAAUGGGCAGGUGGAGAGAGUGAACCAGGAUGUGGGUAGGUUUCUCAGAUCGUAUUGCCAGGACCGGCAGGAGGAGUGGUCGGGAUAUAUCCCUUGGGCAGAGAUUGCCCAGAACUCUCUUCGCCACUCCUCUACUAACCUGACCCCUUUCCAGUGUGUGUUAGGGUAUCAGCCGGUUCUGGCACCAUGGCAUCAGAGCCAGAUCGAGGCUCCUGCGGUGGAUGAGUGGUUUCGGCGCUCGGAGGAGACGUGGAACGCUGCACACGUCCAUCUGCAGCGGGCUAUCCGUAGACAGAAGGCGAGCGCCGAUCUCCACCGCAGUGAGGGUCCAAUAUACGCACCUGGCUCUCGACUCGAAACCUGCCCCUUCGCCUGCCCUGCCGGAAGCUGGGUCGGCGGUUUGUGGGGCCAUUUAAAGUCCUGAGGAGAUUGAACGAGGUAUGCUACAAGUUACAACUGCCUAAUGAUUAUCACAUUAACCCCUCGUUCCAUGUGUCUCUCCUCAGGCCGGUGGUAGCUGGUCCACUCCAGGACAGUGAGAUAAGAGAGACUCCUCCGCCCCCACUGGACAUCGAGGGGGCUCCGGCGUACUCAGUCCGGUCCAUCGUGGAUUCGAGACGUCGGAUGGGGGGUCUACAAUAUCUCGUGGAGUGGGAGGGGUACGGUCCGGAGGAACGGUGCUGGGUGCCUAGGAGGGACAUCUUAGAUCCCUCCCUCCUGACGGAGUUCCACCGUAACCAUCCCACGCGCCCUGCUCCGCGUCCUCCUGGCCGUCCCAGAGGCCGGGGUCGGCGCACGGCUGGAGCCGCGCGUCAAGGGGGGGGGUACUGUCACGAAUACCGCCGAGGCUGCUCCUCCUCCUUGUUCGGGCAGGCUUCGGCGUUCGUCGUCCCCAGAGUACUAGCUGCCACCGUUUGAUGUUUUCGAUGUUUGUUUGGUCAUGUCUAGUUUAGUGCACCUGUUUCGUAUUCUGUCCUGAUUAUGUCACCUAUAAGUUUCCCUGUGUUAUGUUUUGUAGUUGUGUGUUAUUGUCCGCCUGUCGUUUUGUUGUGAGGUUCGGUACUUUUGUUUAUGAGUGUUUUACGCAUUUCGCGUAUCAGUUCGCCUCCGUUGUUUCGAGGCCAUUUAGUUUUGUAUCUUGUUCAAUUACUUCAGUAUAGUCGUUUUGACUUAUCCGCUGUGUCCUGCGCCUGACUUCACCACCGCAUCCACAUCCGUAUCGUGACAGUUAGUUAAUCAAAAUACAGUUAAUGAAUAUCACAAUGAAUUGAUCAAGAAGUUGAAGUCAAGACUUUAUUGGUUUCUGAAAAUAAAUAAAUAUGUAAAACACUAUGGAGUUUGAUAAACUGCAUUGGUACUUGGAUUGGAACCGGUGCAAUGGUCAGAUGACAUGAAAUUAGAGCUCUUUGGCCACACACACCAGUGGUGGGUUUGACGUUGAAAAACAGAACCAUAUGCAGAAAGGUACCUCAUACCUAUGGUACAAUAUGGUGGUGGAUCUUUUGAUUCUAUGGGGCUGUUUUGCCUCCACUGGUCCUGGGGCCCUUGUUAAGGUCAACGGCAUCAUGAACUUUACCAAGAACCAGGACAUUUGAGCUAAAAACCUCUGCCAGGACACUGACACUUGGCCGCAAGUGGAUCUUCCAGCAAGACAAUAACCCCAAGCACUAAUCAAAAUCCACAAAGAAAUGAAUGCAAAAAUCUCUAGACUUGAACACCAUUGGAAACCUGUGGUUUGAAUGGAAGAGGGCAGUCCAUAAGAGCAGACUAAAGAUAUCGAGGGUCUAGAAAGAUUCUGUAUGGAGGAAUGGUCUAAGAUCCCUCCCAACAUGUUCUCCAAUCUCAUUAAACAUUUUAGAAAAAGGCUCCGUGCUAGAGGAUUGAAAACAGGGGUGCCAAUAAUGUUUUAUUUAUUUAUAUUAUUACUUAUAUUUAUAUAUCUUUCUCUCAGCAAUUGUAUUAGUAUAAAAUAAUGUAAUUUUCCAAUUUUUUUGAGCUCAGUAUUUUAUAUUAUUGAUUUUAUACAGUCUUUUUUGAUAAUCUUUAUCAAGGGUGCCAAUAAUUAUGGACCUGGCACCAUUGUCCAUGUAUAGUGCACUACUUUUGACCAGGGCUCAAAACCCAAGUGGAUUGAGCUGGAGAUUCAUUGCAUGGAAAACUGUUCUGACACAAUACAGCUUACGCUAGCGGUUGGGCCGCUACCCCCACAAAGCUAGAUAAUUUUUUUAUUAAUGUAAUUUUACAAUAUGUAUGUCGUGGUUCUUUGAUAGAAAAUUGUAUUUUACAACCUCAGAAGUGAAACAUGGCCAAAUGGCAGGAAUUGGAUUCUACCCCAUCUCUGCUCUGUAUGGACAUUAUGACUAGAGUAGCAACUGGCGACGGAGGUAUAAAAUGGCAAAGUACAGUACCUCCUUGCCAUUAGUCUUGGGGCUUAGGUAUCGACACGAGGAAACACUCAAAAGAUUAUCGACACUCAAAAGAUUGAUAUCUACAAAACAAAUCCUCUUGAGGUAAAAAAAGUCCAGAGAUUCAUUCAAGAGCCUUGAUUUUUAUCACAAAAUUAAUGUAGAAAGACUUGACACUUAUAUAGUGCAAUAUAAAUCAGCAUAAUUUCAAUACCCAUUGAUGAUGUUCCAGUAAAUUAAAUGUAAUCCACAUUCAACCUGCUGGAAAAGAUACUGCAAAAUGUGUGGAAGACAUACAUUCUGAAAUAUCUCUCAUCUCCCCAGUAACCAUCUUUCUGGCUGCAGGUGGAGCAGAGGCCAAGAACCCGGCCUAUGUGUUCAGUGCAUAA